GGGACAAGAAAGAGAGAGGCAAGCAGCAGCAUCCCAGUCCCUAGAGCACCUCCAUCUGCCCGGCUUCAUGAGGAGCUGGACGGAACAGCCGGGACCCAGCAUCAGAAUGUGGAGAGCAGUGCUUGCAAAACUUCUCAUUAUAUUGAUUUUGUGUACUUUCCGGUGUCAUUCACAAGGUAAGAGUAUCCUAAACUCAUCUAAAACACAGCCUUUAUUCAUGUGAACCUGCUAUGAGAUGUUUCUGUAUAUUUGCCCUCGAAAAGGAAAUGUCAACCACUUGUUGCCUAGACAAUAACAUCUAUGAGGUAGAGUGGCUGAUUUGUAGUUAUUGGGGAUGUUUUUUGAGGACAUGAUUUAACUAAAAUGUUGAUAGGCAAACAAUAAUCUUGUUGAUAGACAAAUUAGAUUGUUUGCCUAUCUAUCAGUCAACAACAAGCCAUGUAGCCAUGUGUGGCAAAUCUACAAACUCCUUGGUCAGUUAUUUUCCCAGCCCUACAAAUAUUUUUUUGGGCAACCAAUAUACUGAAUUAAUUAAUAUAGUUUACAAUAUUUGAAUUCUUUAACAAAACUAUUUUACUCUAAAGCAUUAUUAAAGCUUGUAUUGAGCACAAAGCCUCCUUCAGACAGAUUUGAAGUUCUUGGAGAACUUUUGCCUGAGUUUUGCCGUUGCUAGGUAACAGAAGCGGACAUGUGACUUGCGGACAAUAUGUGUGGACUGCAGUUACUCGUACAAAUACUAAGAGGAACUCAACGCCUUGCCUAGUGCACAACCCAUCAAAGAUGAUAACUAAUUAUAUAGCUGUAAUUUAAGAACCCAUUUUCUUUCAAAUGUUGUAGAAACUAGUCAUAUACCCGGCUUGAUAGAUCUGAAAGACUCUUGUGUUUCUCUUGUAGGCCUAGCUAUUCCCUAGGCCUACUGCUCAAAUUGUAAUCUGCUUUCUUUUUGCUCAACCCUUAGUAUGUAAGCUCCUUAGUGUGAAUCAAGCAACUAAUUACGCUGCAGCUGCUGCUGCAAGAAAGCGACCAUUUCUACCUAAGGAGCAACGGGUAAAAGAGUGCAUGUAAACAACAAGGGGAAAGUACUUGCAACCUCACAAGUAGCCAUCCCAGGCUUAAUAAACUGUAUGUUUCUUCAUCAUUUUUACCAGCUGUGUUGCGUUAAGCCUAUAUAGCGUUACGUUCCCAGACAAUACAAAAUAAGAAAGUAAUUCAAAAUACAUGUAAAAAGCCACACAUAUUUACAUAAAAUGUAACAAUUUAAAUGAUCCAGUGGCAUUUUGUAGUACAUAAUAUGGAAGUGAUCUCUGCAAGCUGAGGAUCUGAGCAGUCUUGGCCAGAAUUAAUUUUAAUAUUGAAUCAAAUAAGGGCUUUGUCAGCAUUGUCAAGUUAAUAAUGAGCAGGUUUGUCCCUUAAAAAUUAAUGAUGUACCAAAGAUUUGUGUCAUCAUAGGUUAAAAAAACAUUCAAGUCAACAAGUAAUCAAAGUCAUCUAUUUCAAUCUAUGCCCAAUUGCAUGUGCAUUUCCAUGACUAGCAACAGAGCAUCAUGCACUUCCUGCAUCUUUUGCAGUUUUGCAUCAUGGCACCUGUUGAUCUCCUUAGAAAUGUGAGGCAGGAAUGGUUGAUUUAUUCCAGAUUCAUUCGGCAUGUGUUUGAGAGGAAAUGAGCCUUGAAAAUGACCUUGAUGCAUGUGGACAGGCUACUUUCUCUAAUCCAUUGAGCCUAAUGUCUGAUAGGUCAGCUUGAUGAUUGUUUAAUGUGUGACAGACAGUCUUUUGUUGCUCAUUAUCAAGAGGCUUUGAAAGUGUUGUAAAAUGCCUGUGUCAGUAUAAUGGAUAAUGUGACACACUUGUGGGAUGAUUUAAUGUUACAGCAAUAGGUAACAAAGGAACUGGACUUGGUGGAAUGAAUAACCUCCGUCAUGGCUAGUUGACCAUCUUUUGCUAGUAUGCAGAUUGUGGCGGUUCAAAACAUGUUUUUGCUGGUUAAUUGUAUGAAUUAUGGGGCUAAGUGUCUUUCAAACCGCAAUCAUUUGCCACAAACAGGCUUGGUCAUUCAGGGUCUUAUGAAAAACAUGCGUAAUUGAUUUAGAAAAAUUUUUUUAUACUAAGUAAACCAGGAUCAACAAGAUGUUCUGUGUCAGUGUUACACACGUUGUAUAUUACAGGGGGAUUUGGGGUUGUCUAAUUAACAUUUCCCCUACUAUCUCAAAUAGGUGUUUUCAGUUUGUUUCUCUCACUAAUUGAGUUUAACCUAUUAUACAGCAUGUCACAACAAAAAACACUUGUGGGUUGAUGUUGAAAUUUCACAAGGCACAAAAAACCCUAGCCAGCAUGUGUGGCUAAACCUCACACAUGCUGCGGUCCUUUUCCGGUUUAGGCCUAAAUCCUUGAGCAACGGUAACGCUCUAUUAGGGAACAGAAGUUGGGAACAGAAGUUAGCACAGUUGGCUUAAAUGAAAGACUAAUCCUUUCUCAUUAUACAGCACUCUCAACCCAGGUCCCAGACUAUUAUGUGAUGCAUAGGGUGCAAUGUUUAGGCUAACUCAAUGCUCAUGUUGUGUUGAGUGACAGUCUGUCAGAGGCAGUGAACCCAAAUAUUUGACCUCCCGCAGUAAUGCAGUGUAACAUCUCAAUUUCUGCUGCUUCCUAGACAUUUCUAGUUUUUAAUUUUUUUAUUAAAAUUUUAUAAAUGUUUUUUUCAAGUAUGAAUUAGAAGUACAGCUUAAUUCCUCACACACUAUUUAUUGCCUCCUUUUGGACCUAUGCCACUGCCAAACUCCCUUGGGCUUUUCUCUGUUUUGUGUGAGGCCGUAAGAGCCAAAGUCAGUUGUUCAGCAAUUGACUGCUUUCUGUUGCAUUGAUUUCCAUAUGAAAUAGAGCAGCAGCACUUCACUCUGACAGCAUGGACGGAUCCAGCACGCCACGCUGCCAGCCGUUUUCUAGACGCACAUUCAGAGAGAGCGAGGGGAAGCACCAAAACAAGGCGGUAGUGAUGAAAGCGGCUACACCUCUUUCAGGGGCCCCACAUGAUUGGAAAGAGAUGUUUUGGAGAAGGGACAAUAUCUUUUUUGGGGGGUGGUGUGGGGAGUGGACUUCUAUUCCACUUUAGCUAUACUGUAUUCUGCAUUCUGCUAUCUCCAUAGUCCCUUUGGCGUGUUGACAUUUCCAGUUAUGAGGUUUCAGCCCUGCUGGCUCUUCAAUUGUUCCAUUGUGAUUUCACAGUGGGGUCUGAGGCAUUGGGAGGCGUCAUUCUAAUGAAAAUUCCUCUGCUGCUCCUCUUUGUUUGGCAGGAGUAGGGCUAUCUUUCAUUGUGGAUAGUGUGGGGUUCUCGCCUGCUGUGGGUUUAAGAUGGCUAAUUAGAAAAGACAUGGUCAGAGAGAUGAAGAAAAAGAAAACAUAAAACUGAACAAAACAGGCAAAACAAAGACACUAACGAAAAAGUACCAAUCCUUAGACACCAGAUUCUUAAGAGCAUAUUUGCAUCAUAUUGACCACUUUUCUCUUAACUUUCUCUUAAUAGCCUCUAUUUUGACCAUUGUUAUUACAUUUAGGCUUUUAAAAAUCAAUUUAUCAAUUUAUUCCUGAAGGAAUAGUUACUCCAAUGACAAAAAAAAGGAAGACUAUGGCUGAAUGUAAGAGCAGCUCACAUUCAUUGAAAAGUCCACUUUAGUCUGCCAGUCACCUUUCCCAGAACUGAUACUGUCAGGAAACACUGGCUUCAUUUGAAGGUCUCAGAAGAUUUGGUUUCCUUUUGGCAAAGGAUGUGGAAAGCUGUUAACCUAAUGUAUAGCAGACAGGGAUUAUGAUCAUCCCCAUUGUUGCUCGGAAGUCUUAGGAGUGUGAUUCCUCUCUUAGGAGUGUCCUUCCUCUCUUAGGAGUGUUCUUCCUCUCUUAGGAGUGUCCUUCCUCUCUUAGGAGUGUCCUUCCUCUGUUAGGAGUGUUCUUCCUCUCUUAGGAGUGUCCUUCCUCUCUUAGGAUUGUUCUUCCUCUCUUAGGAGUGUUCUUCCUCUCUUAGGAGUGUCCUUCCUCUCUUAGGAGUGUCCUUCCUCUCUUAGGAGUGUUCUUCCUCUCUUAGGAGUGUCCUUCCUCUCUUAGGAGUGUCCUUCCUCUGUUAGGAGUGUUCUUCCUCUCUUAGGAGUGUCCUUCCUCUGUUAGGAGUGUUCUUCCUCUCUUAGGAGUGUCCUUCCUCUGUUAGGAGUGUUCUUCCUCUCUUAGGAGUGUCCUUCCUCUGAACUUGAAGUCCAGUGAUGCUUAUUAUUUAUUAUAUUUCUUUGCCCUUUAAAAUUUUGUUUUUGUUUUGUUUUGUUGAUUAGCUGGUGGACAUUGACACAUGCAAUCCUACUUCUGGGUCAAGCAACGAGUGAUCAUGGUUUUAUAAAACAUUUUGGAAGUCUCAUUAAACAAAAUUAAUCACUAUUUUCAGUAUUAUCCUGGAGUUGUCAAUACACCCAUGGUUUUCUUCUGAUAUCUACCGUAUAUUGAAACGUUACGUAUUCGGAGUUGAUCUUAUAAUGAUCGUAAUGGCAUGGAGCAUGAGACUGCUGACUGUCUGUUCAGGGGUACUGAGCUAAACCCAAAUGUCUUUCAGUGGUGUUACUGUGCUGCUCCGAUAUGGUAUGCACUGUUUGUCUUACCUACCAUGUUACAGAUGAUGCUGAAACCUCCGGGAUCAUUGCCUCGCAACAAAGGCACCCUUUGAGCUAAUGGGGGAGCAAUGUUAUCAUUAGUAAACUGAGCAGGAAAAAGGCUUGCAUCCAAUUGGCUGCUGAAGGAGUUAAAUAUGAAGCCCAUUUGGCUGGCGUAGUUUAAAAGAAGUUUGGUGGUGUCGGCUAAUUAUUCUGAGACAUGACCUCAUGAUAUGAGAAGCCCAUCACAAGGCUUUUAGUGCAGUAGCACCGCCAUGACCCCACAACUCAAGUGGAAGUGAUCCAUCUUUGAAGAGCCCGUUACAUAAAAGAGAUGAUAAACUACUGACUCGCCUAUAAUAAACUGUCUGCUCACACAAAAUGUGUCAACUGAAUGGGCUGAGAUUUUUCAAGUCAAUUCAUUACAGCUUAUGACUGUUGGAAAAGGAAGGAACAUUUCCCUUUUGGCUUUUGGCAUUUGGUUCAGUAGUGGUCAUAUUGUAAGUGCAAUUUUUUCACCUGUCAGAGGUUAUUGCUUCGCCAGACUUGUUCUAUAAUUAAGUAGCUUGGCAGAAUCAUAAUAUCAGUGUCCAGCAAUACCACUUUGGCCUUGAAUAACCGGUGCCCCCGCACAUUGACUCGGUACCGGUAUCCCCUGGAUAUAGCCUCGCUAUUGUUAUUUUACUGCUGCUCUUUAACUAUUUGUUACUUUUAUUUCUUUGUAUUUUUGUAUUUAAUAUUUUCUUUGUAUUUUUUGGUUUUCAUUCUUAAAAUUGCAUUGUUGGUUAAGGGCUUGUAAGUAAGCAUUUCACUGUAGUAUUCGGCGCAUGUGACAAAUAAAAAUGGAUUUGAUUUGAUAGCACCAUGACCCAAUUAGAAUGGGGGGACACUGGCUGAAAGUUGUGGGGAAGGGGUGCGAAUAGACAGCGCUGCUGAGCGGAGGUGACGCAAUGCGUCCAAACAGGGCCGGAUUUAAGCAUUUGGGGCAGUUAUAUAAUGCUAUUCUACACAUUUUGUCAUAAGGCUGAAAUAUAAAAUAGCCCCUGUGGCAAUUUCACCUAUGUUGUAGGAGUCACAAUACAUGUAUUAAUGCAUUAUGUAUUACAUAAUGAUUUAUGGAUAUCCCCCAUUGACACAUUUAUGUUAUGUGGAAAUUGUUCAUGAAUCAUUAUCCAAAAAUUUUAUUGUCCAAAUUUGGAAAUGUAAUGUUUAUUUUGUAUUUUUUUUGUAUUUUGUGUGUCAUUUGAUUGGUGGGAUGGUAGUGUAAGAUUGGAAAUCAAUGUCAUUGCAUUUUCAUUACUGAUUUUAUUUCUCACAGUGUUGUUUGUUUCUAGGUCAAUGUCUUCAGUUUGUUUUGUAACUGAGGUGUAAAACCUUUCUCUUCAGUACAUAUUUGACCAAGCAGGGAGUGUGUUGAAAGGUAGUCGAUAAGACAUUGUAGACCACCAACCACAAACAUACACCACCAACCACCACCUUGCAUCUCCCUCAGCAAAAAAUGUGGGUUUAAGGGUUGCGGUACCACCUGGUACCGCUAUUUAUUCCAAUUACAUUUCUGACAAGGAACAGCAUGCGCAUUAAAUCAGGUUGUCAGAGAGAGACAAUCAGAAUUGCACAUUCCAAUUCGGACUGGUCUGACAGAACGCUCUGUCACUGAACUAUGCUGCCUCAGUCAAUAUCUCCUGGAAAACGUCAGGGAUGGUAAAGUGGUGGUACCUUAUCUCCUCAGAUGCCACUCAGUGAGAACAUCAAAAGGAGGCUUGGGAUGAGUGUGCUGAGGGUUGUAUAACUGUCUGGAGGAUGGCUGGCACGCUCAUCUCCAGGCCCUCUCAAUGCUGUUAACAGCAUGCUUCAUCAAUAAGAGACAUUCCCAAACACACUUAACACUGUUUAGUUGUUUUGAUAAGAGACGCGAAGAGUUCCGUCUAUUAAUUGGACAUAGUAGACAGGGAAAAUAAGGAAUUAUUUCACAUUUCGGACCUAAUUAAAAAAUACACAUGAUCAACUGAUUAAGAGAAUGGAGAAUUAUGCACCUGGGGACUGAAGGUAUUACAAAAAAGUAACUGAGAAUUGGUCCAAAAUAUGGAAUGAAGAGAGCUUUAGUAAUAAUGAUAUCUCCUGUAUGAAGGUUGUGAGACCGGGCAGUUCUGGUGUGGGACAGGCCGAUGCAUCCCACAGGACUGGCAUUGUGAUGGAACGUCAGAUUAUGUAGACAACUCUGAUGAAGCCGACUGCCUUGAGUAAUUUCUCAUCUGGACUGGACGGCAUUAUUACCUUCUCCCUUUACAUUUCAUCAGGAUUUGUCAAAUUUACUCACAUUUGGCUGUUAAAUUGUAUCGAGAGCUGCAAAAGCAUUGCUUCUUAGAAGUAUCUUGUGUAAGAAUCACCUGGCAUUGUCAUACUUAGACCUUCACAUACAUAUUCCCUAGUGGCGCAGUGGUCCAAGGCACUGCAUCGCUGUGCCACUAGAGAUCCUGGUUCGAGUCCAGGCUCUGUCGCAGCCGGCCGCGACCGGGAGACCCAUGGGCGGCGCACAAUUGGUCCAGUGUCGUCCAAGGUAGGGGAGGAUUUGGCCGGCAGGGAUGUGGGUUCGUUUCCCACGGGGGGCCAGUAUGAAAAAAAACCAACAAAAAAAACAUGUACGCAUUCACUAACUGUAAUUCGCUCUGGAUAAGAGUGUCUGCUAAAUGACUAAAAUGUAAAUGUAAACCCUGGAUUUCUAAUCCCUUGAUAUUAUUGACUCCCGAAUGGCGCAGUGGUCUAAGGCACUGCAUCGCAGCGCUAGCUGUGCCACUAGAGAUCCUGGUUCGAGUCCAGGCUCUGUCGCAGCCGGCCGCGACCUGGAGACCCAUGGGCGGCGCACAAUUGGUCCAGCAUCGUCCAAGGUAGGGGAGGGUUUGGCCGGCAGGGAUGUGUGUUCGUUUCCCAUGGGGGGCCAGUAUGAACAAAAAAACAAACAUGUAUGCAUUCACUAACUGUAAGUCGGUCUGGAUAAGAGCGUCUGCUAAAUGACUAAAAUUUAAAUGUAAUAUUGACUGUUGUUGCUGAUAGGAUAGAAACUAAAAUGGGAUGUGCUGUGUGUCUCCUUAGCCCAUGUAACAUGUGAUGAGUGUCACGCCCUGGCUCGGGGGACUCUCGUAUGUUGAGCCAGGGUGUUAGUUUCUAUGUUUUGCAUUUCUAUGUUGGCCAGGGUGGCUCCCAAUCAGAGACGGCUGUAGUUCGUUGUCUCUGAUUGGGAGUCAUACUUAGGUAGCCGGUAGGCUUUCAUUCUUUGUGGUUUCUUGUUCUUAUUUGGUUUGUGUUCAACCGUAGACAUCACGUUAUCGUCUGUUGUUUUGAUUGUGUGAUCAUUGAUAUAAUAAAUAUGUUCACCUUCAACGCUGCGCAUUGGUCCUCCUCCUUAGACGACCGUGACAGAAGAAACCACCUCGACUGGAUCAAGCAGCGUGACGAGGAGAGAGGAUGGACUUGGGAGGAGAUGAGUGCGAGUCUGGCAAGAGGGAUGGAGGCCUUGGCCACGGGUAGGAGUGAAGCCCAUACAUUUUUUAGGGGGGGGCUAACGCCGUGGACGACGGGGCAGCAGGAGGCCGCCAGGUUACGGGAGUCACUGGUCACCAGGGGGAAGGAGGAUGUAGAGGCACGGCGAGAGGUACUGGCGUGUGUUGCCAGUCCGGGCCGGCCUGUUCCUGAUCCCCACGUAGGGCCAGUGGUGUGUGUUCCCAGUACGGUCCGGCCUGUUCCUGCCACUCGCACCAAGUCAGUGGUGCGCUUCGUCAGCCCGGCUCGGCCCGUUCCUGCUCCCCGCACCAAGUCAGUGGUGCGCUUCGUCAGCCCGGCUCGGCCCGUUCCUGCUCCCCGCACCAAGGCAGUGGUGCGCUUCGUCAGCCCGGCUCGGCCCGUUCCUGCUCCCCGCACCAAGUCAGUGGUGCGCUUCGUCAGCCCGGCUCGGCCCGUUCCUGCUCCCCGCACCAAGUCAGUGGUGCGCUUCGUCAGCCCGGCUCGGCCCGUUCCUGCUCCCCGCACCAAGUCAGUGGUGCGCUUCGUCAGCCCGGCUCGGCCCGUUCCUGCUCCCCGCACCAAGUCAGUGGUGCGCUUCGUCAGCCCGGCUCAGCCCGUUCCUGCUCCCCGCACCAAGUCAGUGGUGCGCUUCGUCAGCCCGGCUCGGCCCGUUCCUGCUCCCCGCACCAAGUCAGUGGUGCGCUUCGUCAGCCCGGCUCGGCCUGUUCCUGCCCCCCGCACCAAGUCAGUGGUGCGCUUCGUCAGCCCGGCUCGGCCCGUUCCUGCUCCCCGCACCAAGUCAGUGGUGCGUUUCGUCAGCCCGGUUUGGCCCGCUCCUGCUCCCCGCACCAAGUCAGGGGUGCGUUUCGUCAGCCCGGCUCGGGCCGUCCCUGCUCCCCACACCAAGCCAGUGGUGUGCGUCGUCAGUCCGGCACAGCCCGUGCCUGUUCCACUGGUGCCUGGUUCAGCACGGGUCAGCUGCUUCACGCCGGAGCUAGAGCAAUCCGCUCCACCAGUGUGCAGUCCAGCUCCGGUCAGCAGGGCCAGACCGGACCAGGGGUACUUUGGGGGGUUAGAGAGCGAGUGGGGAUCAUGCCCGGAGCCGGAUCCGCCGCCAAGGCGGAGUGCCCACCCGGUCCCUCCCCUGUUGUGUUUGGUUGGCGCGGUCGGAGUCCGCGCCUUUAGGGGGGGGGGUACUGUCACGCCCUGGCUCGGGGGACUCUCGUAUGUUGAGCCAGGGUGUUAGUUUCUAUGUUUUGCAUUUCUAUGUUGGCCAGGGUGGCUCCCAAUCAGAGACGGCUGUAGCUCGUUGUCUCUGAUUGGGAGUCAUACUUAGGUAGCCGGUAGGCUUUCAUUCUUUGUGGUUUCUUGUUCUUAUUUGGUUUGUGUUCAACCGUAGACAUCACGUUAUCGUCUGUUGUUUUGAUCGUGUGAUCAUUGAUAUAAUAAAUAUGUUCACCUUCAACGCUGCGCAUUGGUCCUCCUCCUUAGACGAUCGUGACAAUGAGAGUCAUUUCCAGUGCUUGAGUGACUUUGCAAAAGAGGAAGUCAAUACACAAGUACUGAGUAGACCAUACAGUGUACAAAAUAUUUCAUUUAGAAUUUUCACCAAUGUGACAGGUGUCACAAAUGUAAACAAAAUAAUCUAUUACAAAGGCAAUUAAGAUGUAGAGAACUGUUACGCUUGUGGUUAAAUUGCUCCUCAAUCUCUCUGCAGCUGGUAGGACAUGCUCCAGUGGGCAGUUCAGCUGCACCAAUGGGGCCUGCAUCCCAGGGGAAUACAGGUGUGACCAGCUGACCGACUGCUCCGACGGAGCUGAUGAGAGAGAUUGCCGUAAGUCCCCCAGUGUGGCUUACUUACCUUCUUGCCUCCUCUGGCAUUUUAAUCAAUUUGUAAAAUGAAGAGCCUCACUGACUGACAGAAUGGCCACAAUAUGCUUCUUGUUGUCAGAGGUUGAUUGCAGAUUCCUUGGUGGAUUAGUCAAGCUGAAGUUCAGCUGCUAUUCCAUUAUUGUGCUGAUAUGUUAGACUCACACUUUGGUAAUUUCACAAUGUCCGAAAAAAUGCCAAGGCUGUUUGUGGUGCUAAUAGAAAACUAGUUUUUAUCCUCCCAUUAGCUUUUAGCAUUUUGUCUUGUUUGUGACUGUACAGGCUGAGCCUAUUUGCCAUAGUUCCGUACAAAGCUUUAUAUGUCGGAGGUGAAUUGUCACCAUGACUUCAUGGGGGAGCAGCCAAGGGUAUAUUUCACAUGUGACCAGCUGGUUAAAUUAGGGUGGGCCCUUCUACUGUUAAUGAGAUUAAAAGGGGGGUUAUAGCUGCUGUUGUGGCUGCUAAGAUAAUGAUCUGCUGCAGCAGACUGUUACAUUUGGCUAAUUGCAAGGGUGUCAUUAAUGCUUGAGUACAUGAGAACAUUAUAUAGGAAUGUUUAAGACUACUGACAUUUAAAACAUUUGACGUUUGACAUUUGAGACAUGUUUAAGACUACUAGAGACAUUUGACGUUUGACAGGGGAAAACGUUAUACACCUCUUUGAACAAAUGAUUUGAUGCUGAUUCCUUAUAUUCCUUGAACAUUCCACAGAUGGGUUUGUUCUAUGUCAGUCUAGUAUGAUUGGCCUGUUCUGGUAUGUUAAUUUCCUUCUCAGACUACCCUGAGUGUACAGAAUUGAGAUGUGCCAACGGUGCCUGUUAUAACCAGAACCAGCGCUGUGACCAGGUCCUGGACUGCCGUGACGGGUCAGACGAGUCCAACUGCAGUAAGUGUCCACUUCUGGCCAUGACGCAUGGCCGCGCAUUCAACCAGGCCCUCUUCCUGAGCAGCAGGGUUGAGAUGAAGAACUUAUACAGACAGUCAGUCGCUGAAGGGGUUUUGUGUCUGUUUUCUACAGCACAGCACUGCAGCAGUGGCCUGUUCCAGUGUGGCAACGGAGAGUGUGUCCCUCAACGCUACGUCUGCGACCAUGACGACGACUGUGGAGACAGGAGUGACGAACAGCACUGCAGUGUGUACCUCUACCCUCCUCGCACCACUGCGGCUAUCUGUCAACCUCGAGUCUGCACCUCUUAUCUUAACUCCCCAGAUAGAUUCUCCCCCUAACCUGGACUUAAUCUGACCUUUUCUACAUGCUCUCUCUCUCUCUCUCUCUCUCUCUCUCUCUCUCUCUCUCUCUCUCUCUCUCUCUCCCUCCCUCCCUGUAGCCUAUCCCCCUUGCAGAGGGAGCUACUUCACGUGCCCCAGCGGUCGCUGUAUUCACCAAGUCUGGCUUUGUGACGGAGAAGACGACUGUGAAGACAAUGCAGAUGAGAAAGGCUGUGGUAUGGACGCUACAGAGUUCCACCUCCCCAACCUCGUACUAGUCCCUUUGGUCAAAUCUCUCUGGACACAUUUCUAAUAUUGGACACAAAGCCAUGAAAAGGAAACAGUAUGCAGGUUCAGUGGAAGCACACAUGAAUGAGUGAGAAACGCUGCUGUGUAUGAACCUGAUUCCCCUCCAUGGUGGGUAUGGGCUAGGAGCUAUGCUUGUGCUCCUUUAAGUGUGGUAUUCAAAUGCCUCUUUGUGGCACAAGAUGGCUCAGCCCUCCAAAGAGCUUUAGAAUUCCUCCUCACUGCUCUGAAGAGUGUGUGUUUUUAGAGGAUGGGCUGCAGAACCCUCCAAGCCCCCAUGUGAGCCUCUCGAAGCACUGCCCCACCCCCCUCAGUGAUUUAAAGUAACAGUGUUUUCCCAGACAAUGAAGUUUGAGUCACGGUGCCCUUGAGUUCAGCCCGUGCAUUCCUAUGAAGAUAAGUCUGCUGUCUUCAAUGCAUACCUCACACAUUGUUGCUGUUUUCGCAAAGCAUGAUUGUGGCGUGUGUACAACUCCUGUGCUGCUGGUUCCCUCCUUUUUUUUGUUCUCUAUUGUCUCUGGUGUGGUCCAAGGCUGUGAAUAUGACUUUGUUUUCUCUGUAGAUGCCAUACCACGUGAGUGCUAUCCUGGAGAAUGGCCCUGUCCGUCCUCAGGCCUAUGUAUCCCCAUGGACCAACUGUGUGAUGGGAAUGCCCAAUGUCCAGAUGGAGAGGAUGAGACCAACACCACUGCUGGACGCAAUUGCAGUCAGUAACAAUACAACCAGUUUAACAUACAUACACACACACACACACACACACACACACACACACACACACACACACACACACACACACACACACACACACACACACACACGCACACACACUAACCUUUAUUUUGAAAAGUGCCAUUGGGAGUAAUGUGUGUCUGUCUGUGGUUAUCAGGUAUCUGGAGGUGUGCCUCUCUGAGCUGUGAGCAUCGCUGUCAUGCGUCCCCCGAGGGAGGAACCUGCUCAUGUCCCUCUGGAUACAUUGUCAACAAUAACAACAGCCGCUCUUGUAUUGGUAAAUACUGAUACAUUCACUCAUUGACAUUGAAAGAACUGGAAACUCAGGCUACCGGAGGUAGAAUAUGGGAUGUGUGCUUUUGACUCAUUCAGUUUUUUCUUCUUUUAUUAUUGGGUGAAGACUUUAAUGACUGUACGAUGUGGGGCGUCUGCGAUCAGCUCUGUGAAGACAGGAUGGGAACCCAUCGCUGCAGCUGUCGAGAGGGCUAUUUCCUAGAGCAGCACCGAUACUGCAGAGCUAACACCUCAAGUGAGUGGCCAUGGUUGAGCUUCAAUAUACUUCAGCAUAUCAAACCCAUUCCUCCAGGCCAGAGGCUUCAGCCCCUCAGCCCAGCCUCCUAUCUGCCAGCCCCUGCCCGCCUGCUCUGCUUUCUGGUGCAUUGUUGCGCACUGAGUGUUGUUUCAGCCAGUCGUUUGCUUCUGUGGACCAAUGAAUGGCUAUUGACCAAGAGAUAGACCCCUCUGCCUUUGAGUAUGAGGCUACCAGAAAGGACAGAUUUUCUCUGUUAGUAAUACAGAUCAAAUUAUCUUGGCUAUAUGGGUCCCUAAAAAUGACAUAAAAUGGAUUAAAUUAAAAUAAAAAAGGUACUACCAUAGAUUUAGAUUUGAAUUAGGUAUCAAAGCUGACUGACUAAAAUGUAUAGUUUUUUUCUUCACUAUCUCUUCCACUCAUGUGUAAAAUCAUUAAUGAUUACUUAUAGGUAAAGCCAAAAAAUAAAUGUACUGAAACAGCAUAUGACAGGUGCUCCUAACCAGAGAUUAUGAAAUGUCUGAUAAUGUUGUCUUACUUAUUGCCUUGUCUGUAGCUGGAGUACCCUCACUGAUCUUCUCCAAUGGCCGAGACCUGCUGAUUGGUGACAUCCAUGGGCACAGCUCACGCACCCUGGUUCAUUCCCGGAACAGAGGAGUCGUUGUCGGGGUGGAUUUCCACUACCUCCUGAAUAGAGUCUUCUGGACGGAUACUAUUCAGAACAAGGUAAUACUUCUCUUUGAAUACUCAGAUACUUCAUCCAAUCCCCAUCGUGAAUGGUUUCCUCUGGCCCUGUUAAAGGAAUCAGUGCAUCGCUAGAACUACCUGUACAGUAGACCAUAGUUACAGUCCACAAGAUAGAAAGGCUUAUUGUUUGAGGAAAUGCUUGAGUUGUACAGGAACCUGCCCCCCUCAAAGGAGAGGGAAGACUUUGACAGAUCUCUUAAGAAAUCACCACUGUUAAUACUGUACAAAUGGCAGACCUGAUGGCUCCAACAGGACUGGGUCAUAAUGAAGGGGAAGUACAUUGGGAAUGGAAUCCAAAAUGUCUAAUCAGAAAACUGAUGCUGUCUGAUAUACUAGUACGAUGUUCGCAUAGCUCUGUGUCAUUUUUGUAACUUUCUCAUUUUCAAAGUGAUCGUGCAGUAUUUGUUUCCACCAUGUUAUAUGCAUUCUUUGGCCAGCUCAAAGGGCUUUGUUCAGCCUCUUGGCUUCUGUAUGGUUUGAACCCAAGCCAUGAGGCUGAAAAACAGGGACGUACCAGGAGCGGGAUAUCUGUGUAGAUCAGCUACCUCCAUGGCAGAAUGACAGCUGAUUUAAAGUGGGGGGGACCACAAACAGGGCAUGUGAACGUACUAGGGAGGUUAAACUAGCAGGCUACUUCCACAUCUUCAGUUUCUCUUUAAACAGGUCAGCUGAAAAUUCUGCUUUUUAGACGUCUGGAUCUCAUUUCAAACGAGCCAGAGCUGUAAAGAGCACUAUCCCUUCCUAGGUGCCAAGGCUUCAAGCCUGAGAAACUGGUGCCAUCUUUGAAUCGGUAGGGUAGAGGUUUCAGAAUAAUACCUGACCGGCACCACUCAAAUGCUACUAGACAGACAAGAUGGAAGUCAGACAAGCAACCAAAGCCCAACCGUAAUAAUAGUAAUUUCCUUCUAAUUUCAUGGGUAAUGUGGUGACAGAUCCCAUCCCUGUUUCUCGGUUUGUCUCUUUUUUAUAUCUCCAUGUAUUUCCGGAGCCUUAACCACCAAAAGGGCUAAUCUCUUAACAACAAUCCUUUAAUUUGUGGGCAGGUGUUUUCGGUGAAUAUGGACGGUUCCAAUAUGCAGGUGGUUUUAAAUGUAUCAGUUGACUACCCUGAGAACCUGGCCGUGGACUGGGUGAACAAUAAACUGUAUAUGGUGGAGGCCAGCGUCAACCGGAUUGACAUGGUGGAUUUUGACGGGGAUAACCGGGUGACGCUGAUCGCAGAGAAUCUCGGAAACCCCAGAGGGCUGGCCGUGGACCCAACUGUGGGGUGAGUAGAGCGGACCUCCCCCAUCCUCUAUCCCUCCAUCCUCCAUCCAUCUAUCUCGCCGUCUCUCUCUCAUGCUGCACCGGUAGGAAGUUAUAAGCAUGAGAGAUUAGUAGAUUGUCCUGGGGGAUUAGUGAGCAGUAUUAAAAGUGAUGAGCCUCAUUGUAAUCCAAUAGUACAGUUCAAGAGGGGAGACUGGGCCAGGUGGCUACAGGUAAAUUAGGAAGUGAUAAUAAACGUACACACUUGUUCUACCUUGGUGGGAUUUAGGGCUGGCCCACCUGUAGAUCCAGAGACAAAGACCAUAGAGGAUGUACAGUAUCUGUUUCAAAUUCAAUAAAAAAAGGAAAUCCGCUUAUGUCUCACCUUUUGGUAGCCCUUUCCUGCAGUCAAAUGACCUAGUGGCCUCAUGGGUGGAAUGUUAUUAAUAUUUUUCAUAAUUUCAUAAUUAAUAAACUUUUUUUUUUUUAAGCUGCUGAAAAUCCGGUGUUUCUAUGUCAAACGGUUUUGUUAUAUUUCAGUUUUCUGUAAUGUACAUAAAGUGUAAUAUUGGGAUGCAAACUCAAAAUGUAAUACAUUUCAACUCUCCAGUGGGGAGAACAAGUAUUUGAUACACUGCCGAUUUUGCAGGCUUUCCUACUUACAAAGCAUGUAGAGUUCUGUAAUUUUUAUCAUAGGUACACUUCAACUGUGAGAGACGGAAUCUAAAACAAAAAUCCAGAAAAUCACAUUGUAUGAUUUUUAAGUAAUUAAUUUGCAUUUUAUUGCAUGACAUAAGUAUUUGAUACAUCAGAAAAGCAGAACUUAAUAUUUGGUACAGAAACCUUUGUUUGCAAAGGUCUUGGUCUUGACCAGGUUUGUACACACUGCAGCAGGGAUUUUGGCCCACUCCUCCAUACAGACCUUCUCCAGAUCCUUCAGGUUUUGGGGCUGUCGCUGGGCAAUACGGACUUUCAGCUCCCUCCAAAGAUUUUCUAUUGGGUUCAGGUCUGGAGACUGGCUAGGCCACUCCAGGACCUUGAGAUGCUUCUUACGGAGCCACUCCUUAGUUGCCCUGGCUGUGUGUUUCGGGUCGUUGUCAUGCUGGAAGACCCAGCCACGACCCAUCUUCAAUGCUCUUACUGAGGGAAGGAGGUUGUUGGCCAAGAUCUCGCGAUACAUGGCCCCAUCCAUCCUCCCCUCAAUACGGUGCAGUCGUCCUGUCCCCUUUGCAGAAAAGCAUCCCCAAAGAAUGAUGUUUCCACCUCCAUGCUUCACGGUUGAGAUGGUGUUCUUGGGGUUGUACUCAAACACGGCGAGUGGAGUUUAGACCAAAAAACUCUAUUUUUGUCUCAUCAGACCACAUGACCUUCUCCCAUUCCUCCUCUGGAUAAUCCAGAUGGUCAUUGGCAAACUUCAGACGGGCCUGGACAUGCGCUGGCUUGAGCAGGGGGACCUUGCGUGCGCUGCAGGAUUUUAAUCUGUGACGGCGUAGUGUGUUACUAAUGGUUUUCUUUGAGACUGUGGUCCCAGCUCUCUUCAGGUCAUUGACCAGGUCCUGCCGUGUAGUUCUGGGCUGAUCCCUCACCUUCCUCAUGAUCAUUGAUGCCCCACGAGGUGAGAUCUUGCAUGGAGCCCCAGACCAAGGGUGAUUGACCGUCAUCUUGAACUUCUUCCAUUUUCUAAUAAUUGCGCCAACAGUUGUUGCCUUCUCACCAAGCUGCUUGCCUAUUGUCCUGUAGCCCAUCCCAGCCUUGUGCAGGUCUACAAUUUUAUCCCUGAUGUCCUUACACAGCUCUCUGGUCUUGGCCAUUGUGGAGAGGUUGGAGUCUGUUUGAUUGAGUGUGUGGACAGGUGUCUUUUAUACAGGUAACGAGUUCAAACAGGUGCAGUUAAUACAGGUAAUGAGUGGAGAACAGGAGGGCUUCUUAAAGAAAAACUAACAGGUCUGUGAGAGCUGGAAUUCUUACUGGUUGGUAGGUGAUCAAAUACUUAUGUCAUGCAAUAAAAUGCAAAUUAAUUACUUAAAAAUCAUACAAUGUGAUUUUCUGGAUUUUUGUUUUAGAUUCCGUCUCUCACAGUUGAAGUGUACCUAUGAUAAAAAUUACAGACCUCUACAUGCUUUGUAAGUAGGAAAACCUGCAAAAUCGGCAGUGUAUCAAAUACUUGUUCUCCCCACUGUAUAUCUGACAUGGUACAUGUCUUCUUUUUUUAAGACCAUAACCAUGUGUGUGAGGUGUAUACUUUUGUUUCAAAGUAGAUUUGUUUAAGACUACCAGGAAACACUAUGUGACCCUGAUUUAGCCCACUACAGUAAAAAAGUUGCAAUCUUGGUCGUUUUAUAGCUAAAAGGAUGAAUAACUUCGCUGCUUGGAAUCCAGUUUACCAAUGUUCUAUAUUGCGUCCAGUACAUAGCAACCUACUGUACUGGUAACCUGUACCUAACUAAACCAAAAUACAUUUCUUCACAGGUUCCUGUUCUUCUCAGACUGGGACUCUCUGAAUGGAGAGCCAGGUUUGGAGCGGGCUUACAUGGAUGGAACCAAUCGCUAUGGGAUCAUCAGGACUAAAUUGGGCUGGCCAGCAGGGAUCACACUGGAUAUUGAUGCCAAGCGGGUGUACUGGGUUGAUAGCCGCUAUGACUAUAUUGAAACCACCACAUAUGAUGGUCUUCAUAGGUAAGCAUGCCAGAUAUUUUCCCUACGAAAGAGCUCAAAUGAGAUGUUGUUUGGCCAAAUGUCUGAAGACCAUAUGUAAGAACGGAAAACAAUUCAGAUCUCUGUCAAAAUGGGAUGGAUAUAGGCUUUUUAUACACCAGCCUUAUUUUAUAAUCUCCCUUUCAGGAAAACAGUGGUUCAUGGAGGUGCUGUGAUCCCCCACCCCUUUGGCAUCAGUAUGUUUGAGCACACUGUGUAUUUCACUGACUGGACCAAGAUGGCCGUGAUGAAAGCCAACAAGUUCAGUGACACUAACCCUCAGGUGGUCUAUACCACAUCUCAGACCCCACAUGGAGUGCAAGUGGUACACCAACUAAGACAACCAUAUGGUAAGCAUGUCACUGAUACAAAUACUCCACUGAUCUGUCCCACCUCUGUAUGUUCUGUCAGUGACUGAGCGUGUGUGUGUUGUGUUUACAGUGGCGAACCCUUGCGGGGCAGACAGGGGCGGCUGUGAGCAGAUCUGUAUUCUAAGCCACAGGUCAGACAACCAAGGCUUGGGCUACCGCUGCAGGUGUCGCAUGGGCUUUGACCUGCAGGCUGAUGGCAAGAGAUGUGUUGGUAAGACCAACACACAAACCUUGUUUAGUUUUUCACUAUUUACGUUCGACUUUGUCUUUACACAUUACUGUGCUGUGUCCUUUAUAUGUGUUCUUUAUACUGUGAGUGCCAAUGUGGUGUGACAUAGGAUGUGUUAUCUGGAGGUUUAUGGUGGAUGUCUUCUUCUCUCUCUCUCCAGCGGUGCGGCAGUUCCUGCUCUUCUCCAGCCAGCUGGCUGUCCGAGGCAUCCCCUUCAACCUGUCCUCUCAGGAGGAUGUUAUCCUCCCUGUCACUGGAACACCCUCCUAUUUCGUCGGGGUGGACUUCAGUGCAGAAGACAAUGCUAUCUUCUUCUCAGACACGGCUAAAGACAUCAUCUACAAACAGAAAGUGGACGGCACUGGUGAGAGCAUCCUACAUUUUAUUUAGUUGGAUUGAUGACUCGAUACUGUAUGUAGAAUUAAACAGUGAAAUAUUUAUGUUAAAUAUCGUUCUAUUUCUGAGUUUGUAGUUCAAUUUAUUAGAAUGUGAAGAAAUACUUUUCAUUUACUAUCAUGGAUAUCUUUUAUUUUAUUUUUAGUUUACCAUAUUUACAUCCUUACAUAAUAUAUUUUUAAGCAGAGAUCUCAAGCAUGUGAUCCAGCCGAGCUUAUACCACGGCAGUUAGGGGAGUGCCUUAUGGAGCUGGGCAGUGCAAUGGGGGAGGAAGGGAAGGAAGGAGGGAGGGAGGUAGAGAGGGAUGUAGGAGUGGACAGGAGCAUGGACAGCAGUGAAACUAUUACGUAACAUUUCAAAAUCAGGCUCCAGAAUGUGAUAAAACAAACGCUGGGCACAUAAUUACUAAAAGUUGUUGAAGCUUCAAUAUUUGAAGAGUUUAUUUCCAAAACGCUAUAUCCACAAAUGUUUUACAUUUGUGUUUUUUCAUCAGAAAUGAUUGCUCAUGGGUACCUUCAUGUGUGUGUAAAAUAUUACUGCUCUCAGAUUUUUCAUUCAUAGAUUUUAGAUGUUAAUGAUUUUGUAAUUUUUUGCCAAAUGCUAUAUAUCCAUUGUUUAGCUGGAAUGGAAUGUUCGUAUCCUGUACAUUUGACUGUGCUAUGUGGUUGUCUCACCUAGAUGUCUUAAGAUGAAUGCACUUACUUAAGUCGCUCUGGAUACGAACAUCUACAUGAAUAAAAUGUCAAAUGUAAAAGUUUGAUCUCAUAUUGAUCUCAAAAACAGAUCUCAUAUUACUGUAUUGAAAUAUUUUUUUACAUUUAUUUUAUUAUGUUGAUGUUACAAUUGUAUCAUUUGUACAUUUCUUUAUUAAAAAUAUAGUUUUUGUUACAUUUGACAGUGUAAAACCUAACAGUACUACUUAUUUCUCUGAGAGUGAGGUGGAUAUAUAGCAUUUAGCAAAAAAACAUGAUUAUUUGUCUCUCUGAAAUGAAACCAUCAAUUGAUAGAUUUUAAACAAAUACAUGUCUGUCACUGAACAACACAAUGUCAUGAUUAGAUAGUGAAAAAACACACCAAUCUCUUUAAUAAUUUAUUUAAACAAUAAAAGCUCAUUUCCCAACAUUUCUUGAAAAUGUAUAUAUCGCGUUUUGGAAUGAAACUUAAUUUAUCUUCCAAUUUACGACUCGAUAGCCCUGUAAAAUAAGUUACUUAUGUGGUAAAUCCAUGAAGAAAGAAAUUCCAGAAUAAAAUGAAACCACAAACUGCUCUGAUCAGUGGUGUUGUUUUUGCAACAUAGGGUUGACCAGCCCAAGUUUUCUCUGUCAGGUCUACAUAGGGCAAAUGCAAGCUGACAGUCUAUUUACUUAAAUGUGUUCCUCUUUCAUCUCUGUAUUAAAUGCCGCUGUCACUGCUUUGAUCUGCACAGGCAGGGAGGUGCUAGCUGCCAAUAGAGUGGACGGCGUGGAGGACUUGGCUUACGACUGGAUUUCAAAGAACCUCUACUGGACAGACCCGCGCUACAGGAGUAUUUCAGUCAUGAAGCUAGCUGAUCAGUCCAGGAGAGCCAUCAUACGCAACCUGAACAACCCCAGGUCCAUCGUGGUGCACCCUGUCAUUGGGUAAAUACAGCUGGGCUGGGAUUAAGGAGGAGGGGUCAGGGAGAGAGGCUUGGCGCCACUUCCGGCCAGACUGUCGCAACAAAAAUGAGAGAGAAGGAUAUAUAGCAGAUAUGAUAGGGUUCUGUAUCUUGUUGAUGCAUGAAGAGUGUUGACUUUACCGAUUAAUGCAUGCUUUUUACAGCAUAAUAUCCUAAUUUAAAUGUUUGAUUCUAUUAAAUUAAUUAAUAUAAAUGCUAAUCAGAUUAUAUUUGUUUAAGAUUAAUUUAAAGCACCAUAGAAAGUCAAAAGGAAACAAAGAUAGUGUGAGAAAUUGAUCAAGUACGCCAAAUGUCCCUGGGCAAGCACAAUUUAGUGAGGGCAUUAGCCAGAACCAGCAGGUCUCAGAGGCCCAUGCUUUCAUCCUGGAUCCCUGCCUCUUCAGAACAUGAAAAAGCAUUAGCAAACGUAGCACUUAUGUCUAGUCACACCUAGCAUAAUGCGAGAGGUACCGGCUCAUUCAUAGAUUGCCUACGCUUUAAACCCCAAACGUGAAAAAAUGAGUCUUUAUUUAGUGCUAGUGGGACAUUUCCAAUAGCUACAAAGUCAUAAGGCCUCUGGGUCCAAUAGCCUAGAUUAGUGCUGCAUGAAGGCCGGUAUUGUAGUGGACACUAAGAACUUGACUUAAACGGAAAAACCCUGUGGAGCUCUCAAAUACUGUCUAUAUUUCUCAGUUCAUAAAAUAUUUUGAAGUGGUCCUAAAGCCAGAGUCUACUUCGGUUGAGGUGAAAAAGACACUAUAAUCUUUUCCCAUAUAAAUAUAUUUUCCCAUAUAAAUGUGAGUGUUGAUUAAUGUAUAUGUUUUAUUUUGGCAGGUAUAUUUUCUGGACCGACUGGUACCGUCCAGCGAAGAUUAUGAGGGCCUGGUGUGAUGGGUCACACGCCCUGUCGAUUGUAAACACUACACUUGGCUGGCCCAACGGCCUGGCUAUCGACUGGAGGUGAGCCAAAGGUCUCAGAGCCUAGCAGGACCAAAGGAAUGGCCUCAAAAUACACCAUUCUUCCUCUUCCAGUAAUACUCCGUCAAGAAAACAAAUAGCAAUUUAAUUCAUAACAAAUCAGAUCCUUAGGAUUGACUUUGUCACUAAAUUGCAACAUUGUGCCACCAUGUGUAUUGAGUUGACAUCAUGUUUUUGUUCACCCAUCUAAGAUCCCAUUAAGCCUCUUAUCAGAAUGAUCUUCACUAAUCCUCGUGACAAUAUGUUUGUGCAACAGUGUUUAAUAAUGUCUGUCUGUUCCACUGGUCCUGUCUCCCCCCAGCUCCAUGCGCCUGUACUGGGUGGAUGCCUUCUUUGAUAAGAUCGAACACAGCACCUUUGAUGGACGAAACAGGCUGUCUCUGGAGCGUAUCACUCAGAUGUCACAUCCUUUUGGUCUCACCAUCUUUGGAGGUGACUAAAUUUUAACAUUUUCUCAUGAAUUCAAUUCGCAUGUGGAAUGGUAUGCAGCACUAUUCCAUCAAUUGUAGAUAAAGCUACCCUGUUAUUAUUGUAUAAACGCUUUCAUCGUUAAAAUAUCAUUACUACUUGUCAAUCCAGCUUGAUUGAUGAUUACCGUGUAAUCUUAAACAUGAGUUCACUGGUUUUGAGAGAUAGAAUAGCUAAUGUCAUAGGUUGUGCCCUGAUAUUAUCAACGCUGGGUCUCACUUUCAUGAGCAUUCCUGCUCUGCCCAUCCAGGUUAUGCAUAUUUCACUGACUGGCGCCUGGGUGGGAUCGUGCGUGUGCGCAAGACUGACGGGGGAGAGAUGGUCAUCAUCAGGAGGGGAAUCAGCCACAUCAUGCACGUCAAAUCUUUCAACUCCAACUCCCAGACCGGUGAACACCUCUUUCAUUGCUUUCCCUGCUGCAGUGUUUAUGUUAUGGAGGAUAGUUAUGUGGCCAUCACUGUACUCAUUAAUGAUAUCCUUUGCUACCCCUCUCAGGUUCCAACUUCUGCAAUAGGAAUACUAACCCUAAUGGAGACUGCAGCCAUUUCUGCUUCCCGGCACCGGACUCCCAGAGGGCGUGUGGUUGUCCGUAUGGCAUGAAGCUGUCGCCCAACCAGCAGACGUGUGUAGAGGACCCUUCCAACGAGCCCCCCACGCUGCAGUGCGGUGCCAACUCCUUCUCCUGCACCAACGGGAAAUGUGUCCCUCAGAACUACAGAUGCGACGGCGUUGACGAUUGCCAUGACAACAGUGAUGAGGCCAACUGUGGCAGAGCUCAUAGUAAUGCAUUUAUGUUCUGUUUCAAUGGAGUAUACUAACUGUUAGUAUGUCACUCGAGGCACUUUAUUGGGGCAUUAGUAAUAAUGUUUAGUAUACUUAUACUUAGAUUUAAGUAUACUUAGAAUGGCUUGUUACAGUGUUAGCAGGAAGCAAAACAUUUAUGUUUCAUUAAUCAUUUUUGUUCUCUCUCAGACACCACCUGCUCACCCAGGGCAUUCACCUGUGCCAACCAGCACUGUGUGCCCAGUGGUUGGCACUGCGACGGACACAACGACUGCUUGGACGGCAGUGACGAGCGGGACUGCCCCACCCAGACCCCUGGCACCUGCGCGGCCAACCAGUUCACCUGCGCCAACCACCGCUGCAUCCCACACACCUGGGUGUGUGACACAGACAACGACUGUGGGGACAGCUCCGACGAGGCCAACUGCAGUGAGUCUCCUAGUCAAGGAUCACCUUUAUUUCCACGCAUUCACUGUAGGAGUAAUUCCUCUGUCGUUGACUGUCUUUUUGGGAUAGACUUUCAGUCAUGAUGUGUUGCAUCUAACUGUUAGCUCCAUUGGUCUCUCUGUGUUGGCAGACCUCAGUGGUACAUGCCACCCGGAACAGUUCCAGUGCCCAGACCACCGCUGUAUAGCCCCCAGCUAUGUGUGUGACGGUGACAGAGACUGUAUGGAUGGGGCUGAUGAACAGGGCUGCAGUGAGUGUCUCUCUGUAUUAUAGCUGUCUCAACACUGUACUGUAUUUAGGAACUAACACAGCUAGAAAGCACCAACAAGUGGCACAUAAUUUUAAGUCAAUUAAAUAUACAGUCAACACACGCAUUUACAUUGGUAUUUGAUAUUGCCUCUUAUGCCAUUGUUUUCAUUCCAUGUGUAUUAUACAGUACAAUGACUUUGCAUGUUCUGAACUGCAUCCUCCAUCCACACUGUUUGCAAUAUCUCAGCACACUAUGCUGUUGUUUUUUCAGUUUACAACUGCACUCUCUAUGAGUUCAAGUGUUCCAAUGGACAUCAGUGUAUCAACUCCUACUACCGCUGUGAUGGGGUCUUUGACUGUAGUGAUCGCUCAGAUGAGUCUGGCUGUCGUAAGUAUUCAACCUCUUUGUUUUGAGUCACGAGAAAAUAUACUGAACAAAAAUAUAAACGCAACAUGUAAAGUGUUGGUCCCAUGUUUCAUGAGCUGAAAUAAAAGAUCCCAGACAUUUUCCAUACGCACAAAAAGCUUAUUUCUCUCCAAUUUCUGUGCACAAAUUUGUUUACAUCCCUGUUACUGAGCAUUUAUCUUUUGCCAAGAUAAUCCAUCCACCUGACAGGUGUGGCAUAUCAAUAAGCUGAUUAAACAGCAUGAUCGUUACACAGGUGCACCUUGUGCUGGGGACAAUAAAAGGCCACUCUUAAAGGUGCAGUUUUGUCACAGAACACAAUUCCACAGAUUUUUCAAGUUUUGUGUGUGCAAUUGGCAUGCUGACUGCAGGAAUGUCCACCAGAGCUGUUGCCAGAGAAUGUAAUGUUAAUUUAUCUACCAUAAGCCGCCUCCAACGUAGUUUUAGAGAAUUUGGCAGGUUGUCCAACCGGCCUCACAACCGCAGGCCACGUGUAACCACGCCAGCCCAGGACCUCCACAUCCGGCUUCUUCACCUGCAGGAUCGUCUGAGACCAGCCACCCGGACAGCUGAUGAAAUUGAGGAUUAUUUCUGUCUGUAAUAAAUCCCUUUUGUGGGGAAAAACUCAUUCUGAUUGGCUAAGCCUGGCUUCCCAGUGGGUGUGCCUGGCUCUCAAGUGGGUGGGCCUAUGCCCUCCCAGGCCCACCCAUGGCUGCACCCCUUCCCAGUCAUGUGAGAUCCGUAGAUUAGGGACUAAUGAAUUUAUUUCAAUUGACUGAUUUCCUUAUAUGAACUGUAACUCAGUAAAAUCGUUGAAAUUAUUGCAUGUUGCGUUUAUAUUUUUGUUCAGUAUAGGAUGACCAGUUUAUCUAUUUCCUUUCGAGCCCUUACCAGGUAGGAACAACCUCACUCAUUGGUAAAACCUCACUCGUAUAGCUUUCAUUCAUCCCAAACCUGCCAUCCACACUAACCCUCUGAAUGUGGGUAGAAUGUUGCAAGAACACAAUUGGAGGACAAAGUUUUUGUUGUUUGUAGUUACAAAUGUAGAAAAUGGGUUUCAGAAAUGGUGUGUUUUAAUUCGAUGUCUGUCGUAAGUAUUCAACCUCAUUGUUUUCAGUCACAAUAAAAUGUAAUGAUCAGUUUCUAUGCAGAGUUGAUCAACCAACUGGUCUUGGAGCACAGCAGUUUGAGCAUUACUCUUAGUGAGGUGUCAUCAUCUCAGAGGUUCUGUUGGGUCUUCCUCCUGAGCUUCAGCCACACUUCAGUACACUGUCUGACCUUGCCUUCUCCUGCUGUGCCCAGCCACCAGACCCCCAGGGAUGUGCCACCAUGAGAGUGAGUACCAGUGCCAGUCAGACGGCAGCUGUAUCCCCUCUACCUGGGAGUGUGACGGCCACCCGGACUGUGAGGACGGCUCCGACGAGCACCAUGUCUGCCCUCCCCGCACCUGCCCCACCUCCCUGUUCCGCUGUGACAACGGCAACUGUGUGUACCGCGGGUGGCUCUGCGAUGGGGACAACGAUUGCAGAGACAUGAGUGACGAGAGAGACUGCCCCACGCCACCUUUCCGCUGCCCCAGCUGGCAGUGGCAGUGCCCGGGCCACAAUGUGUGUGUCAACAUCAGCAGGGUGUGUGACAACACCCCUGACUGUCCCAAUGGUGCGGACGAGUCCCCACUCUGCAGUAAGUCAUCAUCUCUGCUUCUCUGCCUUUUGGGCUUGCAUUAUAAUAGUUUCAUCUUACGAAAAUCUAUUUUUGUAAUUUUCUAGGUUCACUUGUCACUUGAAAUCAAGACAUAUUCUCCACGGCAUUCCUGGUCACAACCAAUAGAGUGCUUUAAUGUUUGUGAGGAAUUUUUGUUAUGUGUGGAAUCUUGUAUUCAAAUCAUGCAUGUGUUGAUUUGGUCUGUAUUAACUUAAAAGUGAUCUAUGAUUUUCCUUUUUUGCCUUCCUCACUGCUUUCAGACGAGCCCUUGCCAGGUAGGAACAACCUCAAUCAUUGGUUAAACUUCACGCGUGUAGCUUUGAUUCAUCCCAAAACCUGCCAUCCACACUAACCCUCUGAAUGUGGGUAGAGUGUUGCAAGACUCAAUUGGAGGAUAAAAGAAAAUGAUUGUCUGUAGUUACAAAUGUAGAAAAUGUGUUUCAGAAUGUACAAAUGGGGUAAUUUGAUACAAAAUAGAAAGCCUAUAGAUAUUUUCUGGGGUGCUGUGAUGAUGCUCUAUUUGUAGCACUGUGAUUCUUUGAGCAGCUAUAGUAGAUGCAUUCAUUCUAUUCAUUUAUCUACAUUGCCUGUUACGUAUGUCACCAAGGUGUUUCAUUUUCUUACCGUCUGUUUUUAAGAACGACAGCUAUUGACUCACUCCUCUUUUUACCCUCCUAGAUCAGGAGAGCUGCACUGACAACAAUGCUGGUUGCACCCACGGCUGCAUCCAGGGGCCAUUUGGGGCCCAGUGCACAUGUCCCAUGGGCUACCAGCUGAGUAAUGACUCGAAGACGUGUGAUGACCUGGAUGAGUGUAGCCCCCCUGGGCUGUGUAGUCAGCACUGCUUCAACGAGAGAGGCUCCUUCCGCUGUCAGUGCUCAGAUGGAUACACUCUGGAGGCUGACCAACGCACAUGCAAGGUCUCAGGUGAGGAGCAAGACGGUUUGUGUGUGUGUGUGUGUGUGUGUGUGUGUGUGUAUAGUUAACCAUAGAGUAUUUAAAUGGAAUUGACAUCUGCUGCAUUAACAUUUUAUGCUCUUAGAAACUUUUACUCACUAGCAUUUUGAUACAAAUGCAUUUUAUUUCACCAAUCCAUUUGGUCCACAACAUACUCAAUUAUGUUUCCUCUAAACAUAAUUGGCCUAAUUUCAAAAUGAGACACAUCUUCCGUCUGUGGAUUAAGUCCAGUCGACAGACAGAGAUACAGUACAUCUGAUUGGCCCACACAGACAUGAUAAACUGUCCAGUGGCUGGAUAGGACAGGACAGGACACAAAUGAUCAAAAUGGAGCCGGUGUUGGCCUCAGACCGCCGGGCGGACAGACGCACUCUCUCUCUUCUCCAUUCUCUCUCCACUCUGCUCUGAUUUCCCAAGAUAAGACAAAUAACAUAUAUGCCACUCACUGACUCUCUCUUUAGGUAAUUAGGACAUAAUCAGCAACAAAGGGCUUGUUUAUGAGUAGUAUGCCUGACAUGAGCCCAUCUACUGACAGAUAACCUGCUAAAAAGCCCUGUAAUUCAAUCUGCCAUUGUUCUCAACAAAGCUGCAUUGAUCCCCUGCUGUGGAUAUCUGAGGAGCUCUGUCUAUCAUGUUUUGUAGUUUGGGAAGUCCUCUGUAGAAUGUUCUAUAGCUGAUGAGGAGUCUCAUUUGAAUUAUAAUGCACAGGUGAGAAGAGGAUGGUUUCUGUUCACAGGUUCACGUGAGGCUUUCCUGUUAGUUGCCAGCCGAAAUCAGAUUGUGUCCGAUGACAUAACCACUCAGCCCAAUGUGAUCCGGUCGCUGGUCCGCGAUGGACGAAACAUUGUGGCCCUGGACUUUGACUCAGUGACUGACCGUGUGUACUGGUCUGACACCAGCCAGGACAAAAUAUGGAGUGCUCACAAAAAUGGCACUGACCGGGCCGUGGUGAGUACUGAUUACUGACUGUCCUUCCAUUUCCCACAAAACAAGAUUAUCUAUUUGUUUAUAUUCUCUACUCAGGAUAAUGACCUCCAAUCACUUAAACCUGUGUUUUGAUUUGACAGGUUUUUGACAGUGGAGUGACAGUGACAGAGAGUCUGGCAGUGGACUGGGUGGGCAGGAACCUCUACUGGACUGACUAUGUUCUGGAGACAAUCGAGGUGUCCAAACUGGACGGCACCCACAGGACUGUCUUGGUCAGUGAGAACGUGACCAAUCCCAGAGCCCUGGUGCUGGACCCAAGGGACAGGUGAGGCUCAUUUACAGUGGACAUACAGACUGGCAGAGUAGAGGACACAUUUGAAAUACAAUAAAACAAAUGUAAUCGAUUGUAACUAUAACAGUUGAUCUAUUGUGCAGUGCUCACCUCAUGUUCUGGACAGACUGGGGGAGGAACCCUCGCAUUGAGAAGGCCAGCAUGGAUGGAAAGAUGAGGACAACCAUCAUAAGCAACAAACUGUACUGGCCCAACGGCCUAACCAUUGACUAUCCCAACAAUCUGCUCUACUUCGCUGAUGCCUACCUGGAUUUUAUUGACUACUGUGAUUACAAUGGCAACAACAGGAAACAAGUUCUGGCCAGCGAUUUGGUAAGGAUACAUUGCAUUUUCUAUGGAUUUUUCUUUACAUUGAUAUAAUUGAUAUAGAUUAAACUAGGGAAACAUUAGCAUUGCAUACAGAACAUAAUUUACCGAUUUACCAUUUGUGUGGAAUAUUAUCAAUAAAAUGCACUUCUUGUCUUUUGCUGCCCUCAAUAAAAAGGUACUGCAACAUCCCCACGCAAUUACCAUUUUUGAGGAUUUUGUGUAUUGGACCGACAGAUACAUCAACCGUGUGAUCCGAGCCCAUAAGUGGCACGGGGAGAACCAGACAGUGAUGCUCUACAACCUCCCUCAGCCCAUGGGCCUGGUGGCAGUACACCCGGCCAGGCAGCCUGCAGGUAGGACAGGGACUCACCACUUAUCAAUAACCUUCGAUGACAUAUGGCAGGCCAACUAAAAAUAAGUAUUAGACAUGGUGAUAUCAUAAGCUAGUAUUGCCACAGUACACUAUUGCCAUUGUAUUUUAAAUGACAUUUCAGAAAGGAUACUGAACACUGUUGAUUUUUUUUAUUGUUUGUGUGUGUUAUUGGAUCUGUGUGCAGGUGAAAACCACUGCUUGAGGAGGCUCUGUACUCAUAUCUGCCUGCUCUCGGCCAUGGGGCCCAGCUUCUACUCCUGCGCCUGCCCGUCAGGCUGGACCCUGGCUGCAGACAAUUUCACCUGUGCCAGAGGUAGGCUCCAUGCCAACCUGAGGGAAACACUCAUCACUCACAGUUUAAUUAAAAAGGAAGUGAGGUCAGAUGGAACAGAUAGAUUGUAAUUCUCAUAACGCAUAAAGCAUUUAUUAAUGGAGUAGGUAUUGGUAUGAAUGCUUAAAACCUACAAACAGAGAGCUGCUGUUUUGCAAACAUAUUUAUUUGGGCAUAUCCAGGUCUCAGUUGGUAAAAUAAGAAAUCUCCUUGAACGCUGGACUCAUAUUUUAGAGUCUAAGGACUUGUCAACAGUAUCCCAUUUUAAAUUCUGUUGUAGAAUCCCUUUCCAGAGGUAAAUAUUGAGGAUCAUUAAAGUGUGACUAAGGUUUCAAGAAGACAAGGGACCUUUAAUGUGAAAUCCAGAGAGUCCUUUUUAGGUCAACAGCGUAACCCAUCUCAGGUUUUAGGGAUUGAGCUUUUUCUUGCCAUGCAGAACACAUUCACCCCUGAGCGGUGAAUGAUUACCCAAGAAUGAAAAUGCCCCCGAGCUAUCCAUUGAUUCUAAUCUCUGAUGACAACGCAAAUCAGACUGUGGAACAAGCUUAUACCAGCCCAUCUGAACCCCCUCCCCUUUCAACCUUCUUUCAACAUACUGUGGUAUUUUACCUGUUUUGAAAAACGAAAUCAGUGCCCAAUAGGCUGUAUGUCCAUUCAGAGCCACCAUGUUUUUGGUGAUGAAUACUUUUGUUUUCCUGCAGUUGAGGAUCCUUUCUUGGUGGUGGUGAGAGACAGUGUCAUCUACGGCAUUUCCUUGAACCCGGACGACAAGAGCAACGAUGCCAUGGUCCCUGUUGCUGGACUUCAGAAUGGAUAUGAUGUGGACUUUGAUGACAUUGAGCGGACCAUCUAUUGGGUGGAGCACCCGGUACGUGUGAGCACUGUCCACACAUUUUUUACAUUUUAGUCAUUUAGCAGACGCUCUUAUCCAGAGCGACUUACAGUUAGUGAGUGCAUACAUUAUUAUUAUUAUUAUUAUUAUUAUUUUUAUUUUUUCAUACCCCCCGUGGGAAUCGAACCCACAACCCUGGCGUUGCAAACGCCAUGCUCUACCAACUGAGCUACAUCCCUGCCGGCCAUUCCCUCCCCUACCCUAGACGACACUGGGCCAAUUGUGCGCCGCCCCAUGGGUCUCCCAGUCGCGGCCGGCUACGACAGAGCCUGGAUUCGAACCAGGAUCUCUAGUGGCGCCACUCGGGAGACACACAAACAGAGACCUGAAGUGAUACUACUCUACUGUCCCUAGGCUCUGACCAACCGUGUCCUUUCCCCUCUGUAGGGUGAGAUCCACAGGGUAAAGUCGGACGGUACCAACAGGACAGAGUUUGCCCCUGCAGCCAUUCUGGGUUCCCCUGUGGGCCUGGCCCUGGACUGGAUGACAGAGAACCUGUACUACACCAACCCAGCCACCCAGUCUAUUGAGGUUAGCUGAAACAUCCAUGCUCCUAUAGAUCAUAACAAUGCAGUUAUUUCUGAAAAUGAGUGGUACACUACUGACAGUGAACAUCGUAUUUAGAAAAUAAAGUAGUUAUCUUCGUUGGUUUCCCUCUGUCAGGGGUAUAUCUGAUAUGUGUGGCAUGUGUGUGUUUUGUCAGGUUUUGAGGCUGAGAGGGGAGGUGCAGUACAGAAAGACUCUAAUCACCAAUAAUGGCUCCCCGACUGGCGCAGGCAUUCCGGUUGGCAUUGCUGUGGACCCGGCACGUGGGUAAGCCCCAUUUAACACUGCUGUGACACGGCUGCUCAUCCCCACAGUCACUGACCCCCUUCAGCCUGCCUGCCUGACUGCCAUCUGCUCCACCCCCAGAGAGAGACCUAGCACUGUUACUGUAUACAACAUAACACUAUACACUCGAACAAGCCACCACCAGGCAAACAGUGCACAUGUCAACUAUUCACCGUCAGCAAAUCAAAUGUGUAUUGGGAUAAUUAAGACAGAUAGAUUUCUUCUCUCUGAAUCUCACACAUGGAUUUUGAUUGAAUCUGUUGUAGAUGUUCUCAUAUGAGGUGAUUGAGAUGCUGAGGGGCUGUAUUCAUAGCUGUGUCUCUCUCUGUUAGGAAACUGUACUGGACAGACCAGGGCACAGAGAGUGGCAUCCCUGCUAAGGUGGCGGCUGCAGACAUGGACGGCUCCAACCCUGUCACCCUGUUCACCAACAACCUGGAUCACGUGGAGUUCAUUACUGUGGACAUCAGAGAGAACAAGCUGUACUGGGCUGUCACAGGCACCGGAAUGGUGGGUCAUCAUCUCUCCCUCAACCACUAUGCCUGCGUCUCAAAUGCCACCCUAUAUAGUUCACUACUUUUGACCAGGGCCCAUAGAGCCGAUUAAAGUGCACUAAAUAGGGAAUAGGGUGCUCUAUGGUCCCAAUGAUUCAUAUGUGGCUGAUUCUAACAAAAUACCCUUAUGUAGUCCACCUCAUUGCUUAUUAUUCAUAUAUUUUACAUGUUAAAUCUGGUAUUAAGGGCAGUCUUGAUGUUAUUAAAACCCCACAGAUUGAGCGUGGCGACCCAGAUGGGACUAAUCGCAUCACAAUAGUGACAGGCUUGUCCCAUCCCUGGGGCGUUGCUGUUCAUGAGAGCUUCCUGUACUUCACUGACCGGGACUUUGAGGUGAUAGAGCGCGUGGACAAGGCCACCGGGGCUAACAAGGUGGUGCUGCGGGACAACGUGUCUGGACUGAGAGUACUGAAGGUGCACUACAGAGAGAGUGAGUAUCUGAGCGACCUUAUGGUACACAGCCAAGCAAAUAUGAACCCCACUCCAUUGAGGUUGAUUGAGACUGAAACGUUCAUGAAGAUAUAUGAACUUUUUGGAAGCAUCAAGAUUACCAGUGUACUGGAGUUUUCUUUUUAUUGUGUUGAGUGUUUAAUCAGUAUGCAUACAUACAUAUUUUGUCUGUUAUGCUUUUUUUGGUAAAGAUAUAGCAUUGCUGAAUUAUGGCAUUGCUUUGGUCUUUUUGAUAACUGUUGGGUAAUUAUGUGGGAGAUGGAGUGGAGUAUUAAGAUGACCAGUUCCUCUUCCCUUAUAAGGAACACUGGGCAUUGUGUAUGGAACAAGCAGUGUCCCCUAAAACAGAGCAGACCCAGCAAACCAAAAUUGGUUCUGUGAAAGUUCCCAGAACAUUCGUGAGGUCAUGCCAAAUGUUCUCAUAACACAAAAACUGUCCAGUUGUGCGGAUUAUUCUACAUUGUUUCUUUUAUGGUGCAAAAAACAUUCUCCUGAUGUUAGAAGAAUGGUCCCAGAACAUAUUUUGUCUGUUCUUUUAGGUUCCCAGAAUGUUUUAUUAGGUUGUGGGAACAGUCUGGUGGGAACUGAGCAUAUUUUGUGUUCUGGGAACCUAUCUCUUCUAAUGUUCUGGAAACCUUUAAAGAACUCAGAAAGCCUGUUUUGUUAACAUUCUUGCAACAUCAAAUGAAUGUGUUGUGCAUCCUGAUACAAACAUUUUCUGAAUAUCAGCACAACAGGACAGUUUAAGUGUUUUGGGAACCUAUCUCUUGUCACAUCCCCACUAUGUUCCCACAACCUAAAGAAAUGUUUUAGGAAUUUAUAAAGAACAUAAAAAGGUGUUCUGGGAAUGUUCUUGCAACAUCAGGUAAAUGUUUUUUGCACCCUAAAAGAAACAUUGUAUAAUCAUCCGCACAACUGGACAGUUUUUGUGUUUUAGGAACAUAUAUUUUGUGAUGUCCCCACAAUGUUCCCACCAGACUGUUCCCACAACCUAAUAAAACAUUAUAGGAACCGUUAAGAGCAGACAAAAUGUGUUCUGGGAACGUUCUUGUAAUAUCAGGUGAAUGUUUUUUGCACCCUAAAAGAAACAUUGUUUUAAUCAUCCGCACAACUGGACCGUUUUUGGUGUUUUGGGAACAUAUAUUUUGUGAUGUCCCCACAAUGUUCCACGAGACUGUUCCCACAACCUAAUGAAACAUUCGGUGAACCUUUUAAAGAACAGACAAAAUGUGUUCUGGGAACAUUCUUGCAACAUCAGGCGAAUGUUUUAUACAGACAUUGUAUAAACAUCAGCACGACUGGACAGUUUUUGUGUUAUAAGAACAUUUGCUGCAACCUAGCGAAUGUUCGGGGAACUUUCACAGAACCAAAAUAUUAUUGGUACAUUAUUACAUUUGUGGAAUGUUCUGUGGUGUUUGUUACAGAUGUUGUGCACAACAUUUUUGUGAAUGUUAGGAGAACAUUCCAAGGAUAUUUCAUUUGAAUUUUUUUUUGAAGAAAAUACAGAUUUUGUUAUCAAAACAUUAUUUGAAUGUUUUUGGGAUGUUAUCAUCCUAAUGUUAGAUACAACUCUAACUAAAACUUAAUGGGAAUCAAAGCUAAUGUUCUGGGAAUGUUCCCGGUUUGCUGGGGAUACUGUAAGUGACAUAGUUUCUGGGAAUAGAUCAAGCCUUGAGCCUGAUUUGGCAACGAUGUAUCAAAAUGGUGUUUGCACCAGAUUCUUCCAGUGACGGCUCAGAAAUUAGGCACAGGUUAUCUCAGUUCCAGGAUUGUAAUUUGUAACAUAGUUCAGUCUCAUUUUGAAAAGUUCCUGACCACCCUUGUUGUCCUUGACCUAGGACUUUUAGAAAUUCUUAAUGGAUGUGUAGCUCUAUUUGUGCAGACUCCUGUUUUAUAUGAAUGACGUGUUCUAAUCCACCAUGUGGUCUGCCUCUGCAGUCUCGGCUGGUACCUCCAACGGUUGCAGCAACAACAUGGGUGUGUGUGAGCACCUGUGUCUACCGCGGCCCGGAGGCCUGUAUACCUGUGCCUGUGCUACAGGCUUCAAGCUCAGCGUUGACAACAGAACCUGUGCUCCAUACCAGUCCUACGUGGUCAUCUCCAUGCUGUCUGCCCUCAAAGGCUUCAGUCUGGAGGGAGCUGACCACUCUGAGGCCAUGGUGCCAGUGGCUGGGAGAGGUGGGUGUUGUUCAGAUGUAAAGCUACGGCUGCAGCCUUUUCAUUAGUAGAGGAAAAACAAUACAACAUCAAUGCCCAUGUUUAUGUUUAACCUCUCUGGUUGCGUCGUGUAGGACGUAACGCUCUACAUGUGGACGUCCACAUGCCCUCUGGGUUCCUCUACUGGUGUGACUUCAGCAGCACCGUGACGUCUCAGAACGGGAUCCGCCGGAUCAAGCCUGAUGGAGCAGGAUUCCGCAGUGUGGUCACAUCUGGAAUCGGACGCAACGGGAUACGAGGCAUCGCCGUGGACUGGGCUGCAGGUAGGGCAUCAGCUUUGGGUUCAUGUUCAGAGAGCUCAGUUGGAAAGUGUUUAAAUGAUGCCAGCAGGUAGAGAAAGUAAAGGUCAGCCAGCAGUAGGUAUCCAGGGAUACUGUGAGUCCCCCAGGCCUGGCCUGUACAGUUAGGGUGCGUCCCAAAUGGCACCCUAUUCCCUAUAUAGUGUACUUUAACACAGGGUCUGACUCCAGAAAGCAGUCUGGAUUAUUCUCAGUCAGGUGACUAGAAAUAAGUGAGGACAGGAAUGGAGAGUGCUUUAAAUGAUUCAGUGAAUGAUUCAGUUUAUGGGUAUACUAAACAAAGGCUGGUUUCCCAGACCCUGGAAAUGUAGUCCAGGAAUAGGCUUAAUCUGGGUCUAGGAAACCAGCCCCAGGUGACUAUUCAAAUUAGCAGAUUUACUCUGUCCCUACACAAGAUCGGCAUUACCAGAUGCUUUUCCUAGAUCAUCUAAUCUCCAUUACCCUUUUACUUAUAUAUGUCAAUUUGGCUGUGCUUUUCAGGGAACCUCUAUUUCACCAAUGCUUUCCUGACUGAGACAUAUGUGGAGGUUCUGCGCUUAAACACAACUUUCCGACGUGUGCUGUUGAAGACUCAAGUGGACAUGCCACGCCACAUCGUGGUGGACCCUAAAAACAGAUACCUGUUCUGGGCAGAUUACGGACAGAACCCCAAGAUUGAGCGAGCUCUGCUGGACGGGACCAACCGCACUGUGCUGGUGUCGUCUGGAAUUAUAACCCCACGAGGUCUGGCUCUGGACUACCAGACUGGAUAUGUCUACUGGGUUGAUGACUCUCUGGAUAUGAUAGCCCGGGUCAACCCUCAGGGGGGAGAGACAGAGAUAGUCAGGUACGGGAGCCGCUACCCAACUCCCUAUGGCAUCACUGUGUUUGAGACUAGCAUCAUCUGGGUGGACAGGAACCUGAAGAAGGUGUUCCAGGCCAGUAAGGAGCCUGGCAGUACAGAGCAGCCUACAGUCAUCAGAGACAACAUCAACAUGCUGAGAGACGUGACCAUCUACGACCAGCGCACCCAGCCCAGCUCGGCCCAGCAGCUCAACAACAACCCCUGCCUGGAGACCAAUGGGGGCUGUGCCCACUUCUGCUUCGCCCUCCCAGGGAGCCAGACCAAGAAGUGUGGCUGUGCCUUUGGGAACCUGGGGGCGGACAACGCGGGCUGUGUGGUGUCGCGAGAUGAUUACCUCAUCUAUACGACAGAGAGCACGGUGCGGAGUCUGCGUCUGGACCCGGACGACCAUGCACUGCCCUUCCCUGUGGUCAAUGUUCCCCGCACCUCCGUGGCCCUGGACUUUGACCGCACAGACAAUAGGAUCUACUUCACCCAGAGCUCAGGGGCUGGGAGCAGCAAGAUUAGCUACAUCAGUCUGUCUUCUCCCACCUCGCCUCCUGUAGUGGUGGCUUCAGGUAAGAUACCUAACAACUAGAUUUGUUCCAUUACAUUGCAACAUCAGACUGGAAUCAUCUGGUUUCAGCUUUUUGGGCUAUAUGCUUAUUGCAGUGGUGUGUUUUGUGUCCAUGCAGAUCUAGGAGCUCCUGAUGGUAUUGCCUAUGACUGGACCAAUAAAAGGAUUUACUACAGUGACUACAUCAACCAGACUAUCAGCUCCAUGGCAGUGGAUGGGACGCAGAGAUCCAUCAUCGCCCGUGUGCCCCGGCCUAGAGCCAUCAUGCUGGAUCCCUGCAGGGGGUAAGACCAGAAAUGCCAAGAAUGCUGAUACUGUUUCAGUCCUUCUGUAAUGAUAACAAGAGCUCUCACUCAAUAUCUUCAAUAGAUAUUCAGCAUGUGUUGAAUCUAUUCUAUUUCCAUGUCAUACAGGUAUAUGUACUGGACAGACUGGGGGACCAAUGCAAAGAUUGAACGUGCUACUUUGGGAGGGAACUUCAGGACAGAGAUUGUAAACAGCAGUCUAGUGUGGCCCAAUGGACUGACCCUGGACUAUGAAGAGCAGAGACUGUACUGGGCAGACGCCAGCCUGUAAGACCCUCUUAUAAUAGUACAUUCUUCUCACAAGUCAAUCAUUGUCAGAUUGUAUUGAUGAUAAUGAUAUAUGCUGCUUUUGGUUAUCAGACAGAAGAUUGAGCGCUGCUCUCUCACUGGGGCCAAUCGGGAGGUCAUCGUCAGCACAGCCAUUUACCCCUUUGCCAUGACGAUGUAUGGCCAGUACAUUUACUGGACUGACUGGAACACACGCAGUAUCUACCGGGCUAACAAGCACGAUGGGUCUGACCAGAGGGUGAUGACCCAGAACCUUCCAUCCAGGCCCAUGGACCUCCAUGUGCUAGCCAGCAACAAGCAGCAACAGUGCAACAGCCCCUGUCAACAGUUCAACGGAGGCUGCAGUCACAUCUGUACCCCAGGUACUAGCAGUUAGGCCCUAUUUUAACCCUCAAGUUUCCUGAUCAAAUAGAAGCAGGCUGUAGCUUCGUAGCUAAAUGUAGGGGUUGGACCAAGCUUAAUUUGAAAAUGUAAUCUUCUCUAGCAUCAUAUUGUUUUGAUGUGAGUUGGGCUAUCAUACGCCUCUGUCAUACCCCCCAUCCGUCUGAUGCCUGUCCCCCUGCCCCUCUCCUCAGGGCCCCAGGGUGCUGAGUGUCAGUGUCCCUCAGAGGGUCGAUGGUACCUGGCCGACAACAAGCACUGUAUCCCUGACAACGGGACCCGCUGCCAGGCAGGCCAGUUCACCUGUAUGAAUGGACGCUGUAUCCGUGCUCAGUGGAAGUGUGACAAUGACAAUGACUGUGGGGACGGAAGCGACGAGCUAGAGAGAGUCUGUGGUAUGGUGCUUAGUGGCCCCAAGUAGUGCCUGUUUUGUUGAAUGUUGUUUGUCUCGUCUAUCUAGAAAUAUCUUUCUUUAAUAUAUUUUUUGAUUUGUCUUGAAUGUGAUUGUGAUUACAGCUGAUAAUUAUUUAUUUAUCCCUAUAUCUGUUCUGUCCUUCUCUUAACCGUCUCUAAAAUGCUGCCUCUAACCAGAUUUCUGUUUCUCACUGCAACAACUAUUUUUCAGGAUCCAAGAAUGAUUUCCAACCUUUUGGUGUGUAUGCUUGCAAAUCACUAAUCUAAUGUAGCUAUUUAGUAAUGCUUGUUUUCUUCUACCAACCCCAUCCUAAACUAAUAAAUUCAUCUACUUAUCUUAUGUCUUGCAUGCAGUCCAAGUUCAAAUGGCAGCAGCCUUUAUUGCCUUGUCAGGUAAUUCUCAAUCUUGUACACCUGCUCAUCUUCACCUGGACCUGUAUGUAUCAAUCGUCUCAGAGUGAUACUGAUCUAGGAUCAGGUUCCCCCUGUCCAUGUAAUCUUAUUCGUUGUGAUCUAAAAGGCAACUGAUCCUAAAUCAGCACUCCUACUCUGAGAUGCUUGCCCCUUGUCUCGCUGUCCAUUGGCUAGAUCUCUGAUGAUGGUGUUUUUGGUUAUUUGAUUGGCAGCCUUCCACACUUGCGAGCCCACUGUGUUCACCUGUGGGAACGGUCGCUGUGUGCCCUACCACUACCGCUGUGACCACUACAACGACUGUGGGGACAACAGUGAUGAGGUAGGCUGCCUGUUCAGGUUGUGCGACCCCAACACUGAGUUCCCCUGCAACAACGGACGCUGCAUCGCUAAGGACUACGUCUGCAACGGCAUCAACAAUUGCUUUGACAACGGUACUUCAGACGAACAAAACUGCCGUAAGUCUACACAGCAGGACUUGGUUUCAGGUCGAAAGUUAAAAGAUCAGUUCAUAAGGAUUAGAGACUUUGCAGUGUGGUGAAAUAAUUGAUUUUGAUGUGUGACACGAGAUGAUAACACCUCUUCUUGUCAUGUAUCUCAGCGGAGCGAACAUGUCCGCCAGAACACACCAAGUGUACAUCCACCAACAUCUGCAUCCCCCGCUCCUACCUGUGUGACGGGGACAAUGACUGUGGGGACAUGAGUGACGAGAGCCCUGUACACUGCGGUGAGUCCCCCAGGCCUGGCCUGUACAGUUAGGGUGCGUCCCAAAUGGCACCCUAUUCCCUAUAUAGUGUACUACUUUUGAACAAGGCCCACAUAUAGGGCUCUGGUCAAAAGAAGUGUGAAAAAAAAGUCUGAAAAUGUAUGCACUGGAUAAGAGCGUCUGCUAAAUGACUAAAAUGUAAGUGCCGUAAAUAGGGAAUAUGGUGCCAUUUCAUAUGCACCCUAAAUGGGUUUUGAGAGGAGAGUGACCCCUAAAUGACCAUACGCAUGUCUCUUUUUCCCCUUCCAGCCACUUCCACGUGUGCCCAGAACGAGUUCCGCUGCUCCAGUGGCCGCUGUAUCCCAGCCCUCUGGUACUGUGAUGGGGGUACCGACUGUGCUGACGGCUCUGAUGAGCCCUCCUCCUGCAGUAAGUACCACAGCUCUCCUUCACUCACCAUCCUGUGCGUUCGUGGGCGUGCACGCAUGCUUGUGCUGUGGCCGUAGUGUAUGCCUUUGUUAGUGAUGUGGUCAGUCAGUCAGGCCUCCCAUUGUCUGCCACAUUCCUCCCUACUGACGCCCACUAGUCUCCUCUGACAAACACAGCCCCUCCUCUUUCCUCUCUUCCCCAGGGUAAUUAUACAGCCUCACUUUAUCUUGUGUUUCAAUAGAUCACCAUAGAUUGGAAUGUGGAGGAGAUGCUAUGACUACUUUGAUAGCUUCACCGGUUUCAUUUAGGUUCAGAUAUGCAUUACCUGUCUUUACUAGUUGACAUCAAUUACAGGGCGUUUCAAGUAACUGACAUGUUUUUUAUUGAACACAAUGGUAUUCUAGUAUUCUAAUUUUAAUCCAUUCAUGCAUGGUUUCUAUUUAUGUCUGUGACCUUUGAUUCUCUCCAGCCACCCUGGUGAGAACCUGCAACACCGACCAGUUCCGCUGUGAUGGCGGCAGGUGCAUCGCCUCUUCCUGGAUCUGCGACGGGGACAAUGACUGUGGAGACAUGAGUGAUGAGGACCAGAGACACAACUGUGGUGAGUGUAUUCUAGUGAUGCGCGGGUUGACUCAUAACCUGCAGUCCCCGCGGUUAUAUCCGCGGGGUGGGCGGGUUAAGGGUCAUGAAAUAUUGUGUGGACGGGUUGAAUAAAGAGAAAACAAUACCUUAAAAAAUCCAUAAACGUAUCAUUCUUGUGCAAUUUAUAUCUAUGGGCUACAUUGAGGUUUUCUUUCAUUAUUUUAGGCUAUCUGGCAUUAGUGCGUAAGCCUAAGCUUUAGGCGGUAACUGUAGCCUACAUGCCAAUCGCCAAAUGCUUUUGGGAACAGGCAGAAAAAGUGAACGUCAUCCAUAGAGGCAAAAUGGACAAUGUCCGAGAAUAAUUCAAUAAGAGAAAAGCUGCGAAAUGGAGAGUUGAAAAUAAAGAGAAGGGAGGGCCAGAAAAGUAAUGUUUCGGAAAGAUUUGGUGAAGUGGUAAAAGAGGAUGAUAGCAGUGCCGGCUAUGUUAUGUGUGAUGAUUGUGAGGCGCUAUACAAAUUCCACAUUUAAAAAAAGGGGACUUCAAACAUAGCCUACUGUUCAGAUGGGUUAAAUGGAAACUGAAAUCUGGACACUGACUGUAGGUCUAUAACCUCUCACACAGCCUUAAUAUUAACUCCUGCAGAAUUAAGCAUUUCUUGCAGUAAAGUGAUACACCAAAUGUAGGCUAAAUCUUAACAGGAGUAGAGAAAUAGGAUUUCUUUCUUUCAGCAUCUUGAGAGAAUGCGAAUGCGCAGUUAGAUACGUCUGUAGAGGUGCUAUCUUUAUCAGCAUCAUAAAAGCUGAUACUAUUUCAACCACAUAAAAUAUGCAUCCAAGCCACACUGAAAUCUUAUCAGAAACAUGUUGGGUUGUUUUCACAGCUUUCUAUUUCCUUACAACCGGUCAAAAAGAUCUCAUUUGGAAAUUUUGCACAGAAAAUCUUUCCAGUUUUUUGGGGUCAUUGCAUGUUCUCCCUGGUCCGUAAACGUCUUUGCUCCGGGAAAGAAGCAAAGAUGACAGAGAAAACUUUACAGAUGUCAAUUAGAUUGAAAAAUUAAUUAUAUCGAUUUAUGAGAUUAUUCUGGUGAGCAAGGGUUUAUUUAGUCUUCUAGAGCAACAUACUGUAUAAUGACAGAAGAGAAGCUGCAUGUAUCUAAUUAUAGAUAAGUUGACAAAUAACAAAUAGCUUACCAAAAUGUCGGAAAUUCUAAGGAGAAACAUAUCUAAAUCAGGUAAAAUAAAUCCUGCACCUCCUACCAAAAAAUCGUUCUGCCGUCUCUGACUGUAGCCUACAGCGUAUUUUUCUAUAUUAGCGGGUUAGGGUUGGGUGCAGGCCUCAGAUUUUCACUUUAUCACAUAUAGUCGGACGGUUGGAGAUGGGUUAUUAGCAAUUGAUAUUAUAACCGCGAUCGAUAAUAGACAGUACUGUGCAGCCGUCUUCAUCGACCUGGCCAAGGCUUUUGACUCUGUCAACCACCGCAUUCUUAUUGACAGACUAAAUAGCCUUGGUUUCUCAAAUGACUGCCUCGCCUGGUUCACCAACUACUUCUCAGAUAGAGUUCAAUGUGUCAAAUCGGAGGGCCUGUUGUCUGGACCUAUGGCAGUCUCUAUGGGGGUGCCACAGGGUUCAAUUCUUGGGCCGACUCUUUUCUCCGUGAAUAUCAAUGAUGUCGCUCUUGCUGCUGGUGACUCUCAGAUCCACCUCUACGCAGACGACACCAUUUUGUAUACAUCUGGCCCUUCAUUGGACACUGUGUUAACAAACCUCCAAACGAGCUUCAAUGCCAUACAACACUCCUUCAGUAGCCUCCAACUGCUCUUAAACACUAGUAAAACUAAAUGCAUGCUCUUCAAUCGAACGCUGCUGGCACCCGCCCACCCGACUAGAAUCAUUACUCUCGACGGGUCUGACCUAGAGUAUGUGGACAACUACAAAUACCUAGGUGUCUGGUUAGACUGUAAACUCUCCUUCCAGACUCACAUUAAGAAUCUCCAAUCCAAAGUUAAAUCUAGAAUCGGCUUCCUAUUUCGCAACAAAGCCUCCUUCACUCAUGCUGCCAAACAUGCCCUCGUAAAAAUGACUAUCCUACCAAUCCUUGACUUCGGCGAUGUCAUUUACAAAAUAGCUUCCAACACUCUACUCAGCAAAUUGGAUGUAGUCUAUCACAGUGCCAUCCGUUUUGUCACCUAAGCCCCAUAUACUACCCACCACUGUGACCUGUACGCUCUUGUUGGCUGGUCCUCACUACAUAUUCGUCGCCAAACCCACUGGCUCCAGGCCAUAUAUAAAUCACUGCUAGGCAAAUCCCUGCCUUAUCUUAGCUCAUUGGUCACCAUAGCAACACCCAUCCGUAGUAUGCGCUCCAGCAGGUAUAUCUCACUGGUCAUCCCCAAAGCCAACACCUCCUUUGGCCGCCAUUCCUUCCAGUUCUCUGCUGCCAAUGACUGGAACGAAUUGCAAAAAUCUCUGAAGCUGGAGACUCUUAUCUCCCUCACUAACUUUAAGCAUCAGUUGUCAGAGCACCUUACCGAUCACUGCACCUGUACACAGCCCAUCUGAAAUUAGCCCACCCAACUACUUCAUCCCCAUAUUGUUAUUUAUUUUGCUAAUUUGCUCCCCAGUAUCUCUAUUUGCACAUCAUCUCUUGCACAUCUAUCAUUCCAGAGUUAAUACUAAUUGUAAUUAUUUUGCACUAAAACAUGCUACAUUUGCACACACUGUAUAUAUAUUUUCUGUUGUAUUUUUGACUUUAUGUUUUGUUUUACCCCAUAUAUAACUCUGUGUUGUUGAUUUUAUCGCACUGCUUUGCUUUAUCUUGGCCAGUUGUAAAUGAGAACUUGUUCUCAACUGGCUUACCUGGUUAAAUAAAGUUGAAAUAAAAAAUAAUAAAUACAAUUGCGGGUGGGUGCAGGUGAACAAACAGCUGACCCGCGCACUAAUAGUGUAUUCCUCUCCAGUCUAUCUCCGUCAGACACUGAGGGAUCAGGAUGCAUGCUGUGGGUGUGGGGGGUGGAUACUGGCUCCUGUUGAAGGUCUCCGGCCAGAGUCCAAGGAGCUCACAUUCCUGAUUUCCCCUGCGUCACACGUUACUUUGUGCCUGUCUCAGAAUCCUGUCUCAGGGUGGAUCUAGACUCUUAUGUCAUCCCUCUCGAAUGUGGUCUCUGACAAUAAGGAGCCUGGAGCGGAUGGCUUCAGCACACCACGGGCCUCGGCAGGAGUCUCACUUCAAACAAUGGGGCUCAAUCACAUUAGAUGGAUAGGAAACUGAAGUCACGGCUAGAGGUCCUGAAAUACACUUAGGAAUGUUUGGACCGCAAGAAAUGCUAGGUCCAGUCUCGGAGUCUUCAUCAUCAAGUAACUUCUCUAAUUUGGUGUAAUAUCCCUGCCCCUUGGUUUUUUUAGCAAACCGCACAUGCUCAGCGUUGGAGUUUACCUGUGUGAACAACCAAGGGCCGCAGCGGAAGUGCAUCCCUCGUGGAUGGGUGUGUGACGGCGAUGCAGACUGUGCUGAUGCGUUGGACGAGCAUCAGAACUGCACUCGCAGAUCGUGUGGCGUCAACGAGUUCACCUGCAGCAACGGCCUCUGCAUACGCAGCUCCUACAGGUUUGACAACUCUAACAUAACAGUGACAUAAUUAUGACAUUUUUCAGAUGUCUUGAAUGUAUCAUUGCUGUGUAGAGGCUGAGACUACAGUUUGAAUUUUGGGACUGGACAGCAGCACCACCUGGUGUACAGGGAUGCACACUGUGUGACUGAUGUGUUUGGUGGCAGGUGUGACCGGAGGAAUGACUGUGGUGACAGCAGUGACGAGCAGGGCUGCACCUACCAGCCGUGUCAGCAGCACCAGUUCACCUGUCAAAACGGACGCUGUGUGUCCCGCACCUUCAUCUGUGACGGGGACAACGACUGCGGGGACGAGUCGGAUGAACUAGACCACCUGUGCCGCACGCCACCGCUCACAUGCCCCCCUGGGCAGUUCAGGUGUGACAACGGGCACUGUGUCCCUCUCUUCAACGUGUGUGACCGGACCGACGACUGCUCAGACAACAGUGACGAGAAGGGCUGUGGUGAGUGCAUGAUAUCUUACAAGCAGUAAAACAAAUUAAGUUCAAUAGAACUACAAUGCCAAUAUAGUAUUUAGCAUUUAGUAUCACAGCAGGCAGUGUGGUGUUGGAUUUAUAGUAAAUCACCUCUUGUGUCUGUUCUUGUCCUGCACGCAGGUAUAAAUGAAUGCACCGACCCCUCCAUGCACCACUGUGACCACAACUGCACUGACACACCCACCAGCUUCAUCUGCACCUGUCGCCCCGGCUACCGCCUCAUGUCCGACAACAAGACCUGUGACGACGUCAACGAGUGUGCGGAGACGCCCAGCGUGUGUAGUCAGGUGUGUGAGAACACGGUGGGCUCCUACAUGUGUAAAUGUGCCCCCGGGUUCCUACGCGAACCGGAUGGCCGCAGCUGUCGUCAGAACAGCAACAUCACACCCUACCUCAUCUUCAGUAACCGCUAUUAUCUUCGUAACCUGUCCACGGACGGAGAGGCCUACUCCCUCAUCCUGCAGGGCCUGACCAGCGUGGUGGCCAUGGACUUUGACCGCGUGGACAAGAGGUUCUACUGGAUUGAUGUGAGCCGCAGGGUGAUUGAGCGGAUGUUCUAUAACGGCAGUAACAGGGAAGUGGUGGUGAACGGGGUGCUCCAUGGGGAGGGCCUGGCGGUCGACUGGGUGGGCAGGAAACUCUACUGGGUGGACAGCUUCCUGGACUGUCUCAAAGUGUCCGAACUGGACGGGCGCUUUGCUAAGAAACUGGCUGAGCACUGUGUGGACACCAAUAAUACCUACUGCUUUGAAAACCCCAGGGCGCUCGUUCUGCAUCCUAAAUAUGGGUGAGUAAAUCUGCCCCAUGAAUAAUUAUACAGUGAAUAAUAAGUGAGGUUCAUUCAAUAAGUGAGGUAUUUAGUAACCUAAACUCAUUUGGUCCCUGUCAGAUAUGUCUACUGGACGGAUUGGGGGGACAAAGCCUUCAUAGGCCGUGUUGGAAUGGACGGCACCAACAAGACAGCCAUCAUCACCACUAAGAUUGAGUGGCCCAAUGGGGUCACCAUUGACUACAGCAAUGACAAGCUCUACUGGUCGGAUGCCCAUCUCAACUACAUUGAGUAAGACCGUGCUUCUAAUUGCCAUACAGUCUUGCUUUGUUUCCUAAAUGCCUAAAGGCCUCCUGUAAUCCUACUCUCCUCUUCUCCUCAGAUUCUCAGACCUGGAGGGACAUCACAGACACACUGUGUAUGAUGGGAUACUGCCCCAUCCAUUUGCCCUGACUGUGUUUGAGGAGACCGUGUACUGGACUGACUGGAACACCCACACAGUGGAGAAAGGCAACAAAUACGACGGAUCCGGCCGCCAGUCUCUGGUCAACACCACACACAGACCCUUCGACAUCCACGUGUGUCAUCCCUAUAGGCAGCCCAUAGGUCAGUCUCAGUCUAGGAGACAGUAAUCUGAGUAUCCUCUUCUCCUGGAUCAACAUCCAAUCCUCAACACUGAGAUUGCUAUCACUUCCUUAUCCUGACGUUUCCUGCCUGUUAGGUCCAUUCAAGUGUUUACAUUAAGACAAUGCUGUGCCUGUGUUUGCCCAGAUGCACUGAAUGUGAUUGCACUGAUUCUCUGACCCCCUCUCUCCCCCCAGUGACCAACCCCUGUGCAGUGAACAAUGGAGGCUGCUCCCACCUGUGUUUGCGCCGCGACGGGGGGCGGGGUCACACCUGUGAAUGCCCCGACCACUUCCUGACUAUACAGCUGGGGGGCGUGGCUCACUGCCUGCCCAUGUGCACCAGUACCCAGUACAGAUGUGCGGAUAAUGAGCGGUGAGUGGUAGUUCACCUUAGAGUUGUACUACUAUACACUCUCUUUGUAUCAUAUGUCCUGUGGUAUAAUUGAGGCAUUGGUGAGCCCUGAACAGUAUUGUCCCUCCUCCCCUCCACAGCUGUAUCCCCAUCUGGUGGAAGUGUGACAGCCAGAGGGACUGCAGAGACGGCUCUGAUGAGCCCUCCACCUGCCCCAGUCGUCACUGUCGACUGGGCCAGUUCCAGUGCAACGAUGGAAACUGCACCAGCCCCCACUUCCUGUGCAACAGCAACCAGGACUGCCACGAUGGCUCUGAUGAAGAUCCUGUGCUGUGUGGUGGGUGGCAUUUAGUGCUGUUAUUUUUGUUUUCAGAGAACACUCUGAGCAUGUAUGAAACGUUCUUUGUAAUUAUUUUAUUACAUUGUUUUUAACUUGUUGAUUUCCCAUGACCUUGUGAUCGUUGUUGUUAAAUAUCAGGUAUGCAUUAAUGCACUUCAGUAGAGUUUAAAACUGAAUUUACUGUCUGUACAGCCACACAUCAGUGCGAGACCCAUCAGUGGCAGUGCACCAAUAAGAGAUGCAUCCCCGAGGCGUGGCAGUGUGACGGGGAGGACGACUGUGGUGACGGCUCUGAUGAGGAGCCCACCCACUGCUCCAGCAGGACCUGCCGGCCUGGACAGUUCAAGUGCCGUAACGGACGCUGCAUCCCCCAGAACUGGAAGUGUGACGUGGAUGAUGACUGUGGCGACAACUCUGACGAGCCUCUGGAAGAGUGCAGUGAGUGACGCGCACAUCAUCACACAGAGAAUCAUGUGGUGAAAACACACACUUAACUAUAGGGAUUGAGUGUGAUUACUACAGGAAGGCUACUGAGAUCUGUUCAUUCUAAACUGUGUAAAAUCACAAUGAAUAGUUGUUUUCUCCCUCCAGAUAUAAUUAAAAGACUUCCUCAAAAGUGUCUGUCUGCGUGUUGGUCUUUGCUAUUAACGUCCUUGAUGUGGUCUUUUCACAGUGGGGCCGUCUUAUCGCUGUGACAACCACACACAGUUUGACUGCAGGACCAACUACCGCUGUGUGCCACAGUGGUCUGUGUGCAACGGCCACAACGACUGCAGGGACAACAGUGAUGAGCAGAGCUGCGGUGAGUCCACUAAAACACCAGCGUCCAGACAUAAAUCAACCAAUGGUUAAAACCCACAGCACUGAAUAAUAGAGUUUUUGAAUGAGGUAACAAUGUGUGUUGGGAGUGAAUGAAGGGCUAUUAGCAGAACAUUACAUAGUGGGACAGUGGGCGGUAGUGAUGGAGAGGGUCUCACCGCCUGCUCCCCGUGAGAGAAUUUCUGGAUUUAUGGCUUGUGUGUGUGUGUGUGAGAGUGUGCGCCUGUGUGCACCUUUGUAUGGGCAAGGUGCACACUGCGCUCCUUGUACCACGCACCGAUCCACACACACCAGCCCUGGCCCUCCCAUCUCUUAUCAGAGGCACUCACUCCAUUAGUGCCGUCCCCGCGCUAGAGGGGAGAUCAGUGCUAAUCUGUGUUAGAGAAUGCAGCGGUCGGGCCAGUUGGAGGGAUAGGAGGGCCUGGAGUUAGCACCACUAUCUUUCAAACCACCAGCACUGUGUGAUAGAGACAGCUCAACCCAGCUCUCGUCCUCUCAUGUCCUCUCUUAUAGACCUGGCAUAGCUCAGAGCUCACCCACUUCAGGCAUGCUGCACUCCCCUCUGCAUGAUCAGCUCUGCUUUAAUUAAAAAAACAGAGGGCACCUCUCAGUUCAAAGCUCUGUGGUCUAGUAGUUAUCAUCAACGCUAUAUUAAACAGUAUGAUGCACAGUGUUGAAGAAUUUCUUAUUAAUCUGACAGUGUCUUGUAGUACCACUGGUUGGUUGGAGCUGUAACUUCAUCACUGUCUUGAAAUGGUCUCAAAGUAAUACUGUAAUGACUGUUGAUUUUAUUUUGAUCAACGGUCAUUACUAAAUGACUAAGGGGUGGUUUCCCGAACACAAAUAAAGCCUAGUCCUGGACUAAAAAGCAAAUUUAAUGGAGAACCUAUUAAUCUUUAUUGCUUAAUAUGUGUCUGGUAAAACCACCCCUAUGCGUUUGCAUGAAUGCAAUGUUUGCGCGUAAAAUAUUUCAAGGAAGAACUAAGGAUAAGGAGGAUAAGAACUUGAGAGAAAGUGUAAAUACAGGUAUGUGUUUUAGCGUUGUCUUUUGCUUCUUAUCUCAUGUUCCUGUGUGUGUGCCUACUGUGGUUUCAGAGGAGGUGACCUGUGAUCCUCUGGGGGACUUCCGCUGUGACAACCACCAGUGUGUCCCUCUGCGCUGGAGGUGUGACGGGGACAACGACUGUGGGGACGGCUCGGAUGAGCGCGCCUGCAGUGAGUUAUUCAGUACUUCUACUCACCACCACUGUCUAAUACUGUAUCUAAUUAACACCUUCACAUUAGAUCAUCUGGCUGCCUCGCAUUGGGACUUCUACACUGAGUCAUCAUGGGCCGGUUGUACAAGUUGGGCAUAACAGGGUUGUAACUCUAUCUCAUCCAUUUAAGCCCAACCUUUUUAAGCCCAACUGGUGCAACCGGCCCUACUUGUCUCCUUAGCAGUUAUGGGCUAAUUCACAUGACUCAAAAGGCUGGAUACUUGUAGUCAUGGCUUUGAGUGUCUUCUAAGCGAUUCUAGUGGGGGAUUCCAAUGUAGCUCAGAAAUAGUGAGUCACCAAUAUGAAAUAGGGGUGUUGAUGGCAAAGAAUGAACCUGUUAUUGUUUUAUCAGAUAACAAAGUGCUCUUGUAAAAGACUUAACACUUCUGUCUUCGAAGCAGUGUUAUGUGAGGCGGGCUUAUCAGCUGCUAGAGAAACAGCAUGUCAGCCGGAGGGAGUGAGGGAGUCGGCCACCUCUGCCCUGGAGAAUUUAAACAAGUCUGAGAACAUGCCAGUUGAUGAGGAUAAUGUAUCUGCUUCAAAGAACAACUAAUGUGUUGUAUGAUGACAUUUGCUAGUUUCCUGGGGUUGCCACUCCCCUUGUAACUGUAGUGGUAAUGCAUGGAGAGAGAACACCUCCAGUGAAUUCCAUCAUGAACUCACCACAGAAAAAUGACAGCAUGAUUGGUUGGGUGCUUUGAGAUCGUUUGUUAAUGCUAAUAACAAGUCAUAGCUCAGGGAGCUGAGGGAGUAGAACUAUUGAGGGAAUAGAACUAUAGUAUUUGUCAAAGCAGUUGCUAUUUUUGUAUGGACUAUAAUAAAACAAUCCCAGAAUAAUGUAGUAAUAUUGUAAUACCCUCUGUCAGCUGUGUCUACAUUGUGUUUGUUUGGACUGGGGCAAUGACAACUAAUUAAGUAUUCCCUUAUGCAGUGAUAAUUCUGUGUUCCCCCAGGCCCGCGUGAGUGCUCCGAGAGUGAGUUUCGCUGCGAUAAUCUGCACUGCAUUCCCGACCGCUGGGUCUGUGACCAUGACAACGACUGUGAGGACAACUCAGAUGAAAGGGACUGUGGUGAGCGUGGGGCUCUUUGUUUUGGCACUGGCUCUGCUUAUUAAUGUGUGAUGGAAUACAGCACCAAGCAAAGAAGGCACAGGAUACACAGAGGCAUAUUUUUGAGGCACAGGAUACACAGAAAGGACCACCAGAAUAAAUUGACUUCUUCCGUUGCCCAUUUCUACUGGUCAGAUUGUGAAUUCAAGUCACUUCUAGAUGUUUAUUUACAGUAGUCAUGACAAGUCAACACAAGGUCAGAAUCUGAGAUACCUCAGUACUUGGCAUGACUGAAAAUGAGUGAGGUGUAAGGAGUGAUAUUAGUGCCAUCAGAAAUAGAAUUUGAAUUGAAAUGGUAUCAUUAAUACCUAAAGUAUUAAUGAUGAGUUGUGUGCUGGCAUGGCUGUGUUGCAGAGCUGCGGACCUGUCACCCGGGCUACUUCCAGUGUGGCAGUGGCCACUGCAUCGCCGACCGCUUCAAAUGUGACGGCAACCCCGACUGCCUGGACUACACUGACGAGACAUCAUGUCGUAUGUGUUAAAUAUCAUCAUAGAUGUGUCAAUGGGCUGACAUCAAAUACAACACUCCCAGUGAGCCAAACUGGUUGAAAAUACGUUAUUUCAACGGUAAAACCAGUUGAAAUUACAGAUUUUCAACCGGUUUUACUCACUGGGCUCCUAUCUCCUCAGAAGUCCAGAACUAUUAUGAUGUUACUACAGCAGCCUCUACAGUUAUCCUAAGUUAAAAAGUUACAAACAUGAAUUUGAAUUGUAAUGGUCCAUUUGUCUUUCAUUUGCAGCAACCCGUUAUCCCAAUGGCACGUAUUGCCCACCGUUCCUGUUUGAGUGUAGGAACCAUGUGUGUGUGCAGCCCUACUGGAAAUGUGACGGAGACAACGACUGUGGAGACCACUCAGAUGAAGAGCUCCACCUCUGCUGUAAGGCCAAUGCCCCUUCAAUGGUUACACUGUUCUUUUAAUAGUUACAUUGUUGAAUGAGUUUUUAUUCUUUAACAAUGAGAAAUUAUACCGUGACAUUGAGCCUGGCCAUGGCCUGGGCCCGUAUUUAUCAAGCAUCUCAAAGUAGCAGUGCUGAUCUAGGAUCAGGUCCUCCCUGUCCUUAAUAGUCUUAAUAGAAGCACAGUUCCCGCUCAGCCCAGUCAAAACUGUUCGCUGCUCUGGCACCCCAAUGGUGGAACAAGCUCCCUCACGACGCCAGGAUAGCGGAGUCACUCACCACCUUCCGGAGACACUUGAAACCCCACCUCUUUAAGGAAUACCUGGGAUAGGAUAAAGUAAUCCUUCUACCCCCCCUUACCCCACCCCAAAGAAAGACAAAAAAAUAACAUAUUGUAAAGUGGUUAUCCCAUUGAAUGCACAAUGCACCAAUUUGUAAGUCGCUCUGGAUAAGAGCGUCUGCUAAAUGACGUAAAUGUAAAUGUAAAAUGUAUUAUGAUCUAAAAGUUAAAGCUGAUCCUAGAUCAGCACUCUUACUCUGAGACGCUUGAGAAAUACGGGCCCUGGUCUUGUCUCCCUAGUGGACAUCCCGUGUGACCCGCCAUUCCGUUUCCGCUGUGACAACAACCGGUGCAUCUACAGCCAUGAGCUCUGCAACUCAGUGGACGACUGUGGGGACGGCACUGACGAGAAAGAGGAGCACUGUAAGCCAAUCACAAGUUACAAUACUGUCAUAUAUUGUCCCAUCUCCAUGGGAGUUUGGAGUACAUAUAGCCCAUCAUUGUAUGAAUAUUAUGUAGGUUCCAUCCCAAAUUACACCCUUUUGCCUUUAUACUGCACCACUUUUGACCAGGGCCCAUAGGGUUCUGGUCAAAAGUAGUGCACCAUAUAGGGAAUAGGGUGCCAUUUGGGACGUAUUUGUCAUGUUAGCAAAGGUUAUUGUUCAUCCGAUCGUCCAUGUCUUUCACUCUCUGAAAUGAUUGACAUGUUGACAUGAUGUGUUGUGUUUGUCACAGGCCAGACCCCAACACAUGGGCCCUGUUCAGCGGAUGAGUACAAAUGCAGUAAUGGCCAGUGCAUCCCUCUGCAGUAUGCCUGUGACGACUAUGAUGACUGUGGAGAUCAUUCUGAUGAGCUGGGCUGCAGUGAGUAACCCACCCAACUCAGUAACCAUAGUCUUCCCUCUCCAUCUCAAUCAUCAUAAACCGUUAUCUUAUGCUAAGCUACAUGGCUGUUUGUAUAAUACUGAAGCGAGAGUAAAUGUCAACCCUCAUAAUAUGACACAUGUAUAUGUGCUCUCCCCAGAUGUUGGCAGUGGGCGCUCCUGCAGUGAGAACAUCUGUGAGCACAACUGCACAGACCUGACAGACGGAGGCUUCCUCUGCUCCUGCAGGCCUGGAUACAAACCCAGCCAGACAGACAGGAACACCUGUGAAGGUACAGGAAGCAUCAGUACAGCCUGAAUGUGGAAACACCACUCUGUACCAAUGUCACGCUCUUUUAUUACCUCUUAUGAUUUCUUCUGCUUACGCUAUUAUUAACCUUUUGCUCUCUCUGUGUUUUUCCUGUUGUUGUGUUUGUGAACAGAUGUGAACGAGUGUGAGGUCUACGGGACGUGUCCACAGGAGUGUAAGAACUCCAAGGGAAGCUACGAGUGUUUCUGUGCCCAGGGCUUCCGCUCAGUCAGCGAGCAGCAUGGCAUUGAGUGUGCUGCUGAGGGUAAGAGCUUAGCUGGACAAGUCAUUCCGUUUCGUCCCAAAUGGCACCCUAUUCCCUUUGUAGUGCACUACUGUACUAUAUAGGGAAGAGGGUGCCAUUUGGGACACAGCAUCUGCCUCCUAUCUGUUAGUGCUCUGGAGUAGAAUGCCUGAAUGUUUAAGGGAUACUUCGGGAUUUUGGCAAUACUAGCAGAUACCCAUAGACUUCCAGUCAUUGUGCUAACGCUAGUUAGCAUUGGCUUGCGAAACUACCUCUAACUUACUUCAUACUGGACACAGAGACAUAAAAAUGUUAUCCACGAGUUCAUCUGACAUCUGGGGAAGUAGAUAAAGGGCAUCAUUGCCAAAAUUCCGAAGUAUCUCUUUAAGGAUGGGACCAUAUUUCACUAUUCUCCAUUUCAGGAAACCCACCAGUGCUGCUUCUGCCCGACAAUGUGCGGAUUCGCCGCUUCAACUUGUCAUCGGAGCAGUAUUCAGACUACGUGGACAACGCCGAGCACAUCCAGGCUCUGGACUACCAGUGGGAUCCAGAGGGCAUCGGACUCAGUAAGACCUUCAGCUCAACUAGUUAACUAGUCAGUGCAAUUUGGCUCAUGUGAAGAGCACUAUGGGAGUGAUACAGUGACUGGGGAGGUUUCCACUUCAUGAGGAACCAAACAGAAGCAAAUGGGCCAAAACGGGGAGGGACCACCUGAACUUGUCCAAUAACAAACACAUUUUCGUUUUCCGUUGUAAACCAUUUUGCAAUGAUGUGCACUUCUGAAUAUGACCCUAUUGUGCUCUCAGGUAUUGUGUACUGGACGGUCCUGGGCCGAGGAUCUCAGUUUGGCUCUAUCAAGCGGGCCUACAUGACCACAUUCAAUGACAACGGCAAUAACCCAGUGAAGGAGUUGGAUCUGAACCUGAGAUAUGUUGCCAAUCCUGAUGGUAUCGCUGUGGACUGGAUCGGAGGGUACAACUCCUUCAUUAUUGCUUACUAUUUUUGCUUUUAAGAAUACAUUUUUGUAUUCAAUCUAACAGCUAAUCUUGGUUUUACAGUCACAUUUACUGGACAGAUGCAGGGACCAAUCGAAUUGAAGUGGCAAAGCUAGAUGGGCGCUACAGGAAGUGGUUGAUCCAUAAUGACCUGGACCAGCCAGCUGCUAUUGUUUUGAAUCCAGCACUCGGGUACGGAAGUGAUCAACUACAGUGACAUGGGGGGCUUUUUGGUUUGUUCCGAAGAAUAAAGUGUGUGUGUGUGUGUGUGUAUCCUUCACAAUAAGCAAAUAUAGUGUAUCCUCUCAGAUAUAACAGCAUUGUGGAGUGUACUAUAUAAAUAUUAUUUGUUAACAAACACUCUGUUAAGCAUAUCACAUUAAGAAUCUCCAAUCCAAAGUUAAAUCUAGAAUCGGCUUCCUAUUUCACAACAAAGCCUCCUUCACUCAUGCUGCCAAACAUGCCCUCGUAAAACUGACUAUCCUACCGAUCCUUGACUUCGGCGAUGUAAUUUACAACAUAGCCUUCAACACUCUACUCAGCAAAUUGGAUGUAGUUUAUCACAGUGCCAUCCGUUUUGUCACCAAAGCCCCAUAUACUACCCACCAUUGUGACCUGUACGCUCUUGUUGGCUGGUCCUCACUACAUAUUCGUCGCCAAACCCACUGGCUCCAGGCCAUCUAUAAAUCACUGCUAGGCAAAUCCCUGCCUUAUCUUAGCUCAUUGGUCACCAUAGCAACACCCACCCGUAGUAUGCGCUCCAGCAGGUAUAUCUCACUGGUCAUCCCCAAAGCCAACACCUCCUUUGGCCGCCAUUCCUUCCAGUUCUCUGCUGCCAAUGACUGGAACGAAUUGCAAAAAUCUCUGAAACUGGAGACUCUUAUCUCCCUCACUAACUUUAAGCAUCAGUUGUCAGAGCACCUUACCAAUCACUGCACCUGUACACAGCCCAUCUGAAAUUAGCCCACCCAACUACCUCAUCCCCAUAUUGUUAUUUAUUUUGCUCAUUUGCACCCCAGUAUCUCUAUUUGCACAUCAUCUCUUGCACAUCUAUCAUUCCAGAGUUAAUACUAAUUGUAAUUAUUUUGCACUAUGGCAUAUUUAUUGCCUUACCUCCAUAACUUGCUACAUUUGCACACACUGUAUAUAGAUUUUCUAUUGUGUUAUUGACUGUACGUUUUGUUUUUCUUUAUUCCAUAUGUAACUCUGUGUUGUUGUUUUUAUCGCACUGCUUUGCUUUAUCUUGGCCAGGUCGCAGUUGUAAAUGAGAACUUGUUCUCAACUGGCUUACCUGGUUAAAUAAAGGUGAAAUAAAAAUUUAUAAAAAAUAUGUGACUGUGCAUUUCCCAGAAUCAUGUACUGGACAGACUGGGGUAGGAGACCCAGGAUCGAGUCUGCCUGGAUGGACGGGCAGCACAGGCAGGUUCUGUUGGACGAGGACCUGGGCUGGCCCACUGGACUGACUCUGGACUACCUGAAUGGAGACAGGAUCUACUGGUGUGACUCCAAGGAGAACAUUAUAGAGUCCAUGAAGCCGGACGGCACCGAGAGGAAGAUCAUCAUGUCAGGAGGUCAGAACCCACUGAGACCUUUCUUAGGCUGCAUCCCAAAUGGUACCCUGUUCCCUAUAUAGUGCACUGCUUUUGACCAGGGUCCAUAGGCCUCUGGUCAAAAGUAGUGCAGUAUGUAGGGAAUAGAUCGCCUUUUGGGAUGCAACAAUAGAUGUUGCUAACAUGCUGGUGAUAUAUUAUUUGUAAUAACUACUUUAUUAACUCCCUUAAUAGUUAAUGAUUGAAUCAGACCACGUCUAUUGAAGUGCUGGCUAAUUAAGUAUGGCCAUUUUCUGCUUCAGAUAUUGGUAAUCCCUACAGCCUGGAUGUCUUUGAGGGGCAUGUGUACUGGACAACCAAGGAGCGGGGUGAAGUCUGGAAGGCUGAUAAGUUUGGGAAGGAGGACAAAGUGAAGGUGCUGACCAUCAACCCCUGGCUGACUCAAGUCCGCAUCUACCAGGAGCAUAGAUACAACCGCUCAGGUUAGAGUUUGUCAAGUCUAAAACAAACACACUGUAGUUUUUUCCUGUCUGGUGAGUAUAAGGUAGUUACAGGUCUCUUCUUCCCUCUCUCAGUGCCCAACCCCUGUAAGGACAUGUGCAGUCACCUGUGUCUGAUCCGGCCUGGGGGCUACACCUGCACCUGCCCCCAAGGAUCAUCCCUGGUCGGCUUCAACCCCAACGAAUGUGACGCAGGUAUGGUCUAUAAAGGAAAUCACAUCACCUGUGAAUGCAGCCUCCCUGCACCAUGCACCAUUGAUCAUUGAAAUCAUACUAUAUACUGUACAUGCAUGGCUGCUCUGAUGUUGUUGUGUGACGUUGUGGUGACGUUGUGGUGACGUUGUGGUGACGUUGUGGUGACGUUGUACGUGGCUUUCACUCCUGCAGCCAUUGAGGCUCCAGUCUUAAUGCCCCUUGCAUGCAGAUGCAUGAACGGAGGGACCUGCUACACUGAUGAGGGGGGCCUACCCAAGUGCAAGUGAGUUCAGCAGCUGGUGUCAGGAAGUAGAUUCAUUGUCAUAUUAUUAUAACAUGUAACAACACAGCCACAAGCCAUAUGAGUGUUUCGUUCCACCCCAUGAAGAAACAUUAGUUUUUUGUCUUUUCUUUUGCAGGUGUCCGUAUGGCUAUGCAGGGAGUUACUGUGAGAUGGGAAAGUCCAGUGGUGCCCCUGCAGGAGCAGGUACAGUAAAACGUGAGAUAAGAAGUGGGAUAUCUGUAUGAUACUGAAUGACCUGCAAUAUGGAUCUCUUCAAAUACGAUUAGAUUUCUCCCCAAACAUGUCAGUCCAACGUGCCAGUCUUCAUACAACUUUUCUGAGUAAUGGUUCAUGAUACAGUAGUUCCACAACAUUGAUUGAGCCAAGUAACAUUAUCUUUCGUUAUACUGUUGUCUCACAAUUCAUUAUAUUAUGACCUUGAGAUUUGUUUUGACUGAGCAAACACUAAAGCUGUUUUUCUCUCCAGUAAAAUAUUACUCAGUUCACUAGCUAAUAAAAAGCCCAACUCACCAUAAUCUUUUAACCUCAAUUGGUAGUAUGUCAGCAAAGUAAUAAGUGAUACAUUGUUUUAGUUUUGGACUACUGAUACAUGUUUUACAAAAGAUGAGUAUAAAUGUUCUGGAGUAAACUUUGUUGCUUGCUGACAUCUUUGUAUUUCAGCAGUUGCUGCACUGUUAGCAGUGAUUGUCAUCAUCAUCACUGGAGCGUUGGCUGUUGCGGUUUUCCUCAACUACAAACGAACAGGCUCCUUAAUCCCGUCCAUGCCCAAACUACCCAGGUAGGUUCUCAGCUCACCUGAUUUCAAACAUCUGUGCUUGCCUCUGUCGUAACAUUUCAAACGAGAGCCUCACAUGAAAUGUGUGUAAAUGAGAAACCAUUUUCUUGUGUCUUUCCUUUCCAGCCUUAGCAGUCUGGUGAAAUCGGGUGACACAGGCAAUGGGGUGACGUUUCGCUCGGGUGACAAUGUCACCAUGGAUCUGGGACCUCCACCCAUCGGGGUGUCAUUCAUUGACAGGGCCAAGCAUCUGGUAAACUGGAUUGUGUUGGUUUAGCACUUAGUGGUGUCACUGCACCUUCAGACUGCACCAUCAGCAUAUUAAUCCUGUGUUAGACCCCGGUUGACUUUAGCCCUUUGGAUGUCUGUCAUUGUACAUUAUUAACAAGACUAAUAGUCAACACAUUCCCAGCCAGGGUUGUUUUGCUCUGUAGUUAAUAAAGUAAAGCACAAAUUGCAGGGCAUUGACUUUAUACUAAGAGCUUGAAAUACAUGUAGGUGAUAGAUAGCAAUGCUGUUUGAAUCACCUUUGAUGGACAUGAUGAAUAACAGUAUGUCUCGUUCAGGAUGGGAACUUCGCAGUGGAAGCAGGGAGGCAGCCAAUCACAUUUGAGAACCAUCUGUAUGCCAAUGCAGCGGCUGGAUCGUCUAGUGAUCCUGCUGUCAUCCACGCCACACAGGUAGACAAGACAACACUGUUGCAUGAACAUACCUAGGGCAGGUUGGAUUGACAUCAUUGUUAAAACAAUACUAAUUGUUCUGCACUGUUUUACUCCAAACAGGUGACUGUUACUGUUAGCGGUGAGCAGAUAGAGAACAACUUUGCGAACCAUACAGAGCAGAUUGUGAGCACCGUGGACAGUUCCACAGCCAGAGCCAAGCCUGUUCAGGUGACUCUCCCUUCCUGUACUUUUAUCAUUAGGUAAAGGAUAGGGAUUAUAUUGUAAUUUACAGCAAUGGUGUCCUACAUUUACAGGAGUCCAGGUGGAGCACCUUCAAAAGAAAAUUGAAGCCAAGCUUAAAUUUUGAAAACCCUAUCUACUCAGAGGUAAGCCCAAUACUGACACCCAAUGAGCAUUUGGGGGGUGACUGACUCUUUGCUUCAUAUCUCUCAGCACCUGUUCCUUUUUGAGACACGGCUGUUCUACAGUAGAGAAUGGCCCACAUGUGUUUGUACUCCUAACUGUUUGAGGUUUGCUUCUGAUUCAGAGGUGAACAAAUGUUGGGGUUGUGUUGGCCUGUUUUCUGCUAGUCAUCCCCUUAUUGUUUUUCAGAUGCAGAAUGAAAAAGCAGUAGGAAGCAAUGAGGACAGUUCCUCCACUGACCCCUCUCCCUUUGCCCCAACCACCAAACGCCUGAAGAAGGAUCGUCCCAGCACCUACUCACCAACUGAGGACACUUUCCGAGACACGGCGAACCUCGUCAAAGAGGACAUC